CCCAGCCUUGGCUGGGAAUCUCACAUCGCUCUGGUGUGAGAUUUGGCACAUGGUCUUGUUCAGAUAUUUCCCAUGAUAUUUUUUUUUUUUUGCCUGUCUCCUCAAAAGAGAUGUUGCUCCCCCACUGUGGUUAAUAGGAAGAGGGGGGAGAGGCAGCAUCGCCCAAACAUGUGACCCCUUUGUUAGAAUGAGAUAGUGAGGGUGUCCUCAGACUGGCUCAGUAACCAAUAGAUGGCAGUAAAUGGACACGGAGAUACCAGCUGCCUAAACAAACAUAAAGGGGGUUAAAAAAAUAGGAGCGAGAGAGAGAGAGAGGAAAAAAAAACUUCUACAAGAUGGCGUCUGACUGGAGGGAGAGGGAGCCCCUCUCUGCAUCGCCUGGCUGGUGAGAGGGGGGCACGGGCAGCCUGAGCUGGGGGCUGCACACUUCAUGGCGCUGGGAAGGAUAACUCUGCUGUGGGGUUUGCAGUGGGCUGGCUGCGUCCUGGUGGUGGCUGCAGGUAAGUGCUUGCUCUGAGCUCUGGCUUCUACAGACAGAGGAUGAGUAGAAAUAGAAUGGAGAAUCCCCCACUUGUGUGCCAGAGGGGCGACCAAUUCCUUACUCUGCUGUCUGGCAUGCACUGUCUUAAUGACACCCUUGCCCUCCAAAGUUCUACUCGUUGGAAUGUUAGCCCGCAUAGAACUCUAUAUAAUGCACUGGGAUGUGGUCCUCACCCUGCUGCAUAUUCAUCUCAUUGUCACAAUAAUCCCCAUGGCAACAGUGAUUUAUUAAACAUUUAUAUGAUUUCGUAGCAGCUCGGGACGUUGGCAUGACUGGGUAUAUAAGUGCUGCAUGCCAUGCUUUUUUUUUUUUUCUCUGGCCAAAAGGACCUGGUACCCUGCUGCUGUUAACAAGCGGAGCCUGUCUGGUCCAUGGAUUCAAUAGAUGGAUGUGUGUUCCAGUCUUGUCAUGGCAGUUGUCACACAGUGAUCAUGAAAUGAAGGGCCUCUCUAGCUCUUUGUAUGCCAAACACAGUACUGCUAAUAACAUGCAAUGCUGGCACACUGCCUGUUAAUAUAUAGUAUAUUGACAUCUCCAUAGACAGACACAUCUUUGCACUGACACAUUCAUUUAUUUCUGUGCUUUUCUAAUGAUCUGUCAACUAUAAUUAAUUGACACAAUAUUAUACUGAGACAUUGAUGUGUUAAUACAAUACUUCUAUCAUUGGCUUCUUGAUAAUCUGAGAUUUGAUUGUACAUCCAUUCACAAAUGUUAGUGUCAGAGGUUACAUCAACCAAGACUGAUUAUUUGUCUCCUAGAUUGUAAGCUCCUUUGAGCAGGGCAUGGUGGCCUCUUGCAUCUGUUGACAUUGUUUUGUUUUGUACUUGUUGUCAUCGCUGUAUUAUAGGAAAGCAUUGUGAAAUAUGCUGGCACUAGAAAAAUGCUAAAAAUCACAAUUUGUUCCCUAACAACCUAAUUACCCAUAUAACUUUUGCAAAGUGUUCUUGUGCUCUACAGAGUACAUGGACAGUCAUCAGAUCUGUUAUUGUUUUGUUUAUUUUUUUUUCCCAUCUAAAAAGACCAUUUGUCAUAUUCUGUAAAUCUUUGGAUUGUUUGAUCAGAUUCUAUACAGUUUAACAGGCAGAAUUUAUGGAGGAGUGGAUCAGUAUCACUGCCUUCCAAUUUAGCCUGCGGUGCUGUGCUAGAUGCUUUAUUAUAGUGUUUUUUUUUUCUCUAGUGUUUUAUUCUUUGGAAGCUGAUCUGUACAUACAGAAUAUACAGCCUACAUGCUCUAUAGCUUCGAGGGAAAUGAAUAGCAGUGACCCAUAGAAUACAGGCCACAAUGAAUCCUCAUAAUUUCACUGUAAGUGUGUAAAGAGGCCUCAAAGCCCCAUUCUAGGUUCGUGAGCCUGGGCAACAUUAACCGCUUUACAAACCACAGCAGACCUAUAACUGAGUAUCUGGUCAUCUUCUUAACAGAGAGUGAACUGGUCAGAUUGUAAGUGAAAGAGGUUCUGCAGCAGCGGAGCUGCUGAUCUCACCCAGAUUCCCGGUGGAGGGCUAGCCAUAUCUUCUAAUGCAUCUCUUGGCACAGCCUUUACUGCUGCCCUAGUCUGCAUCUCUAGCAAUUGCGAUUUUUUUUUGAGCCAUAAUAAAAUCUUUGUGUCUUGCAGUACUUCAUCUCAAAGAUCUGCAGAUAUGAGAAGGGUGGUCUAUGUAAAAAACUAAUUUUUACUGACAUUUGUUUAAAUUUUAACUCUUAGGCACGGUAACUGUUAGACUGUCUCCCCCAAUUCUACUGUGCCCCAGGCACAUAUGUUCAUUACCCAUAUGUAAAUAUGCCCAUGUCGUUAACAUACUAGCUUCAUAUGUUUUCUCUAGAGGUAAUUACCCCAUUGCCUUUAACUUUAUCAUGUAUUCAGAUAUAUUAAAAUGGUUCAUCGGAUUUAAGAUAUUUUUAAUGAUGCAUUCCAAAUCUACUACCUUCCGUGGAACAUUUUAUGCUAGAAGCAUUUACAAUGCGCACCUUUACUCCUUGUGUCCUGGUUUCUGCUCAUUCUAUUAAUACAAAAUGAACAACCAAUCAGGACAAGAACACCUAGCACAUACUGGUAAAUUGUAGGUUCUAAGAGAAAAGAUAAAUUUAUUGCCAUUAGUGAAUACUGUUAAAGAGCAACCGUUACUUUUCUAAAAAUUACACGACAGAAUAAAACAUUGAAAAUAACUAUACAAAUGAACUAUACGUUUUAUAACAUUUUCUUCAAGCACCAUGGCCACUUCAGUGAUUUGAAGUCGUUAUAGGUGCCUGUAGUCUGUAAGUGCAGCAUUUUGGUUUUGAAAUGCCGCAUAUACAGAGUUUAACCCCUCUGCUGCUGGAGGUGUAACUCAACCACCGGCAGUGUCAUUAGGGUGGUAUUAUCCAGACCUGAACAAGAUUGGCUAAUGUCAGUUCUGUGCAUAUUCCUAUGCACAGAAAUGCAUUUUUUGGAUGAGAGCAGUCAGCUAAUGCUCUCAGCCAAUGAAUGGCUGACGGGAUCAACUGCCGGGUUCUGCAGCUCUGCAGAAGUCGGGUGUCAUCGCUGGCCCCAUAGGGCAAACAGCAUCCAUUGGUGACUCAGGUAAGUGUGCAAACUAUUGCAAAAGGGUUUGCCCCAUUACCGGGGAACAGAAGAGAUUGAUCAGAGGGUAAUACUCUAAUAAUUAUUUUAAAGAAAUAAAAGUGGAACAAUCAUCAUGGAAACCAGGGGAACACGUCCGGAGGUUGACGCCAUUUUUUACAUUUUUGCACCGCUUUUUAGAACAGAACCCUUUGCUAAACCUCCCGCAUUGUUUCUACUUCUUCUCUCUCUCUUCUUUGCUGACUGACAGGUGCAAAGAGGAGAACAAAUAUUGACGGACCUAAAAUGGAGGUUCUCACAGAAGAGAAAAGUGUGGAUUUGUAUAUUUGAUUGUAAUAUAUUUAUAUAUAUAUAUACCUCUUAUGAGCAUUUGUAACAUUAACAGCAGAAUUACUCUUAGUCAGUACCUAUAUAGUUAAUCGCAUCAGCCACUGAUCAUUUCAAUGAUUUAAGUUUACGUUAGUGCCAGUAUUUUGUGACUUUCAUGCUUUUAUUCCUUAUUUAUUCCCCUCCGGGGCAGAUUCAGUGCCCAGUCUCAGGAUUUAUAUUACGGCUGGGGUUAUUAAAGGACCACUAUAGUGCCAGGAAAACAUACUCGUUUUCCUGGCACUAUAGUUCCUGAGGGUGCACUCCCGCCGGGCUCUGGGGAAAGGGGUUAAAACUUACCUUUUUCCAGCGCCGGGCGGGGUGCUCUCCUCCUCCGAUCCUCCUCUUCUCCUCCCUUUCGGCUGAAUACGCACACGCGGCAAGAGCUCCGCGCGCAUUCAGACGGUCUCAUAGGAAAGCAUUUACAAUGCUUUCCUAUGGACGCUUGCGUGUUCUCACUGUGAUUUUCACAGUGAGAAUCACGCAAGUGCCUCUAGCGGCUGUCAAUGAGACAGCCACUAGAGGCUUUGAGGGCUGGAUUAACCCAUUUAUAGACAUAGCAGUUUCUCUGAAACUGCUAUGUUUAUAAAAAAAUGGGUUAAUCCUAGAGGGACCUGGCACCCAGACCACUUCAUUAAGCUGAAGUGGUCUGGGUGCCUAGAGUGGUCCUUUAAGCAAAUUGAAAUCUGUAUUGCCAAAUUAAAGAGACAGUAUAGUCACCAGAACACUUACAGCAAGAAAAGGCAGUGUUUACAUUACUGCUUAGUAACACGUCUAGCGGCAGUCACUCAGUCGGCCACUAGAGAUGCUUCCUGGGCUUCAUCGUCUCCACACUUUGCAUUCAGAUGCUGAACACUCCUAUAGAGAUGCAUUGAUUCUAUGAGGAGAUGCUGAUUGGCGCAGUGUGGUAUUUUGCCAUGCAUGCGCGAUAGCAAUGGCUGAGAUUGUCAAAUUUGAUGAUAUUAACCAAGGAGGCGGAGCAGCGCUGGAAAAAAGGUGAGUAAAUCACCUUUUUAAUAGAGUUGAGAAGGGGUUAAAGGGUAGCCACGGACCUAAAUGGCCAUUUUAAACCUCUAGGAAUACACGUUUGUAUUCCUGACACUGUCGUGUACCUUUAAGGCAAACAUACCUGCUACAGAUUUGAAUUCACAGCUGUUCUGUCCUCAGUGUGUUUAUUGAUGUGAGGAUUGGUAAUAUAAUACUCAUUGUCUGUGAGGGCAAAGCAGAGUUACACAGCAAUAAAAUUCACACACUGCACCAUAUAGAGAUUAAUUUGUAAGGUGUCAACCUGUGAGAGAAUGUAAGUGUAUAUUAAUGUGAAGUAUUAGUGUGUCGUGUCCCUCAUUUCUGUCUUUCUAAACCCCCCUUUGCUCACUCGCCCCCCAUAUCCCUCCCUUACACAUUUGCAUCCUUCUCUUCAUUUCUCUCCAUGUCCCUGACUCUCCAUUUGCAUGCUUCUCCCAAUAUUCCUCCCAUCUGUCUCCACAUUUCACCCUCUUCCACACUUGCCACCCCUCUUCAUUUCUCCCCUUUCCCCACUUGCAUGUAUCUCAUCUUAUGUCUUCCCCAGCCCCACUUUGUCCAAUUGCUCGUAUCCACCUUUUUCACCACUUGUGCCGCUUUCCAUUUUUCCCUUUCCACAUCUUCUGCUCCCUUCCACGUCACAUCUCCUCUUUCCCGGUUUGUUCCCUCUCCCAAUGACAUUUUCCCUUACCCCUAUCCUGCCUGUAAGUGAGGCUGAGCGGAAUGAUGUAAAAGGCCCACAUGCAGGAGUUCACGUGGGGCCAUGAUGCUGAUGCCAUACAUCCCUGCUCGUUCUCCUGAAAUUGGUCCUGCAGCCAUGCAGAGAAAGAAGUACUGUCGCGGCAUGUCUCUCAUGGGAUGGAGAAUGAGAUAUUCACCUUCUUACUCGAGCACACAGUUUACUUCUAUCCCACCAAAGAUCAUAAAUGGUGGUAAUACCUGUAGGUGCCGCAGCUGCCUGCUCAUACAUCUAUCAGUUGAAUAAGUAUUGUUAUGUGUAUUGUGAACACCGUAGACAACCCGUUUCCUCCUGGCAGCACUAAUGCCGGAGCAACAAGCAAGCAGGUAUAUAAGAUUAAAUACUUAAGUACUAAUAAUAAUCAAGUACUCUAUGUGUGUUCCUGUCUCGAGUAAGCACCCCCCUUUACCCACACCUGAUUCUCUUUGUGACAGCUGGCAUGUCAGCACUGUGAUAAUAAAAAGUGCCACCCUAACCCGUGCGAUAAAUGGUUUAAAAAAUAAACGAAAGAGGCUGAUGAUCUGCUUGCCUGAGGAAUAUAUUUAUUAGAAAACCUUAGUAGGGAGAAAGUGACAACUGAUCCGGUAUGAAAAAAAAUAAAUCAACCUACAUUGCCUUCAGGAACUUUUACAAUAAAUGGGUGCAAUUGAGAGGAAAUAUUAUCACCACUCACAGGGUUAUUCAAUAAAGUGAGACUUGUCUGGACUUCAAAGGGAUUUUCACAUUUAAGGCCAAAGUAGCCAAACUGGAAGCAUAGCUGAGAAUUUGUCCAGUUUGGCUAUUAAGUCCUUAGGAAGAGUGAUAAAGUGGAGAGGAAUAUACACCUAUGCAGUGGAGAAUUGCAAGUGUCCAAAGAUCAGGAUGCUGGCCACUAGCCCAAGGUCACAUGAGAUAAUGUUUAACAGCAAAUGGCAAUGUUGGUCUCAGGGUCAUGUUGCUCAACCAACAUGGAGAUAUUUUGCUUUUAAUUAACCCCUUCACUGACUUUGUGAAUCCCACAUAGCACACAGUAUUGACUAUGAAGUAAACAAGUGCUUGUGGAACAUUUUAAUCUACGAAGUGUAGCUAUACUUCACUGUCUCCAAUGAAGGAUAUAAUUGACAGCGAUAUAUUAUGUUAAUAUUUUAUUCAUCAGUCUGGAAGCCCUUUAAAUCUCAGCAUUAAAGGGACACUGUAGGCACCCAGACCACUCCAGCUCAUUGAAGUGGUCUGGGUGCAAACUCCCUGCCCUGACAAAGGGGAAAGCUAUAGUGCCAGGAAAACAAGUUUGUUUUCCUGGCACCAUAGUUUCCUUUUAAACACAAGUGAAAUUUCACCCCUCUGAUUUACUGUGAGAUAAUAUCCGUUAACAUAUUGUGAAGUAACUGGUUUGUGACCCCAAAGUAGCAAUAUUUGUAUAUAGCAGAUAUUUAAACUGCGUACUUUCUAAUUUUGCAAGCACUUGGAAUCUGUACCGUUACAGCCAUUGUGAAGAGGGCAUGCAUUGACUUGUUAAUAUUUUAAAUGGUUAAGUAAUUUGUCUUUUUAUGUUAUUUUUCCUAUUUUCAAAAUGAAUAAUCUCGUUUUCACUGUACUUUGUCUGUCUGUAUGUUUAAAUUGCCCCCCUUUUUUUUCUAAACACAUUAACAUUCACACUGCUACUUACUUUUAUUCCAGCACUGGGAUAAUCUCGUAAUUUCAGUCUGAUCAUCCUUCUGUGAUGUCAUCUUUAUUGUGAAAUCCAAUACUUCUCUAUGAGAAGCACUGGGGAUAAUGUGCGGCAAUCCUCUUAUCAAAUGCUUCUGAAACAUUGAAUCCAAUCAGGGCCGGCGCGUCCAUAAGGCGGCACAGGCGGCCGCCUUAGGGCGCACCGGCUCUGGGGGCGCAAAAUUCCAGUGACCGGCAGGAGGGAAGUGCUCCCUCCUGCCAGGUCACCUCCUGGAUCCCCGGCGCGGUGUGCGGCUGAACUGGAUGCCGAGUUGGCGAGGGAGCUCUGAUCUCUCUGAUGUGCUCCCUCGCAGGCUGUUUACUGAUGACGUCAUAUUCCGGCUCCCGCGGCAUCAGUAAACAGCCUGUGAGGGAGCACAUCAGAGAGAUCAGAGCUCCCUCGCCAACUCGGCAUCCAAUUCAGCCGCACGCCUCCCAGCAGCCCCACUGGACCACCAAUGAGAGACCCACGCCAGCUCUCCAGGUAGGGAGGCUGGGUGGGAAAUUUAAAUUUAAUUUAGAUUAUUAAUUACUGUGAGUGUGUGUGUGCAUGUGAGUGAGUGUGUCUGUCAAUGUGUGUGUAUGUGUGUCUGUCAGUGUGUGAGUGAGUGUGUAUGUGAGUAUGUGUGUCUGUCAGUGUGUGUGUGAGUGUGUCUGCUAGUGUGUGUGUGUAUGUGUGUCUGUCAGUGUGUGUGUAUGUGUGUCUGUCAGUGUGUGUGUGAGUGUGUCUGUCAGUGUGUGUGUGAGUGUGUGUGUGUGAGUGUGUCUGUCAGUGUGUGUGUGUGUGCAUGUGAAUAUGUGUGUGUGUGUGUGUGGUUCUGUCAGUGUAUAUGUGUGAGUGAGUGCAUGUGAGUACGUGUGUCUGUCAGUGUCUGUGAGUUUGUGUGUGUGUGUGUCAGUGUGUGUUUGUCAAUGAGUCUGUCAGUGUUUGUGUGUCUGUGUGCUUGUGAGUGUCUGUCAAUGAAUGAGUGUGUCAGAUAAGUGAGUCUGGCUGUCAGAUAUGUCUGUGUGUUUUUCAUUGAGUGCGUGUGACUGUCAGUGUUUCUACACCCCUGACUGUAGCGUGGCCAAGCGGAGUGUACCGUGGUACAGGAACUUCUGUUUCCUGUACCUAGCAGGACUGUCAGGAAAAGCUCACUGUACCGGGAUUCGCCCCGCUAAACCACGCUACAAGAAAGGUAGGAGGCACACCAGGAAGGGGAGGGGACCACUAUGGGGGUGGGUGGCGCACCAAGGGAAAGGGAGAGGAGGGGAGAGAUACCCUAAGGUACAGGAAAAGGAUGGAGGGGGGGAGAGGAACACUAAGCGACAGGGAACAGAGGGGGGAGGGGAGAGGAACACUAAGGGACAGGGAAAGGAGGGGGGAAGGGAAAGGAACACUGAGAAACAGGGAAAGGAGGAGAGAGGGGAGAGGAACAGUAAUGGUCAGAGAAGGGAGGGGACCAUUAAGGGACAGGGAGAGGGGCUGGAUGUAAAAGAACACACAGCGGGGUUUGAGAAGGAAAGAGACACACAAAGGGGCUGGGAGAAAAGGAGUCACACAAAGGGGCUGGGAGGAGUAAGACACAAAAUGUGGGAGGAUGUAAGAGUCAUACAAAGAGGAGAGAUAGGAGACACACAAAGGCAAAAAUAGGAGAUAAAAUACAUUAAAGGGAGUCAGACAUUUAAAAGACGGGAUAAGAAACACAAAAGGGAGGUUAAGAGGCACAUGGGUGAAGAGGUUUUUUUGGGGGGGGGGCGGAAAAAUGCAUCUUCGCCUAUGUACCCAAAAUUCUUUGCACCGGCCCUGAAUCCAAUGAUACUAUCAGUUGCAUUAGCUUCAUCAGUUCUUCAUCAUUGUAAAGCGCUGCGGAAUUUGACCGCGCUCUAUAAAUAUCAUAAUAAUAAUAAUAAUAAUUUUGCUGUGCAUGGUGACAAUGAACGAAUAAUGGAGACUGUGCCUCUAGUCACUGUCUGCCAGACACCCACUGGAAUCAUGUUGUGUCAGUGUUCUACAUUGCCAGAGAAAAAGGACAACCUCUAUAUUAGGCUGUAGGUUUUUUGGUGUUUAGUGUAAAUAAGAACGUGAACAAAACCAUGAGUUGCUUCAAUAUAUGCUGUUUUCAGUUUGUGGAACAGGGCUCAAAAUUUUAACUCACCCAGUUGUAAGUAAGAAGUUUAAAUUCAGUUAUUUUGACCAUUGGGCACCCUCUCAAUCUGCAAUGUUAGGUAAGUGGUAAUUCCUGAGACAAUGCAAAUUAAGUCAAGCAAAAUGUAUUAAUAUAGAUAAAAAAUAUGUACUGGACACAUUCUGAUCAAAAAUAAGGAAAUGUAGGAAAGAUUAAGAAAAAUGUAUUAUGCCAAAAAUAGAGAUUUGGAGGAUUUCUCACUGUUUAUCUGGCAUGAAGCCAAUUGUUAGUCAGUAGGAUGUAGACUUUGGCUAUUUUUAUGUUACCUGGGGCACUGGAACAUUACAUAAAUUGGUACUCCGCAUAAUACAUUUUUGGAUACUGGAAAAACCUCCAAAGAAUUUGGCUAAGAAAAUUUACUUAUUCCGGGUCAAGAGGUAUAGAACACUUGCAUAUCCAUGCUUUGCCAUUUUGUCUUUCAAAACUGCUUUAGAUGUUUUGCAAACUGUGCCUGACUGUCCAUCUCUGAAGAUAAGGAAUAGCAGUAGUGGAAAUGCUGGAUAAUUGACAACUACAUAUUACACAUUAAACAAACUGAGGACUUAGAACUUCAGAAUAAUAGAGAUAUUUCAGUCCUUUAUGUGAAUCCUAUACAGAAGUGUUUUUUGUUUUUUUUAGAAAUAAUGAUCAGUUCAGUAGAAGAAAGAGCUUUUUUGACAAAUCAAAAGAUAAAAGAUGUUUACAAAGUCACCAAGUCUUCAAGUCAACAAUGUCGCUGUUAACCGUAAUGUUAUUUUUCAUCAAGGCAGUUACUUGGCCUGCUAUUCAACUGUGAUUGCCAAAAUAGAGUUUCAGAAUUCUUCUUCACCAAUCCAGUAAACAUAUCUGGUGGUUGACUAACAGAGACACACUGAAAAAGAAGUCUGUAAUGGAGAUUCCCAGAUAGCACCAGAUAGCAUAUACAUUAAAAACACAAGACAAAUUGUGUGGGAUACAAAUUCUGGUUUCAGCUCUCUCAGAGUGUACAGUCAAUUAAAAAAUUUAUCUUCCAGUUGAAGAUCAUUAGUUGUUGAUGGAGGAUCUGUAUAGAGUCUAUUGGCUUACUUUGGAACAACAGUAGUGUAUGUGUCAAUUUGAAAAGCAGAACCAAAAGUCAUCACCUGGUUCUCACUUUAGGCAAAAUCUAUUGUAGAACACAUUUUACAGCCCAUCUAAAAAGGUUCUCCAAAAUUGCUACUUAUUCCUUAAGCAUAAGUUCUUGUCCAACAUAGUAAACGGACACAGAGCUAAAGCUGGGAAUGUAAUGUCCUCUGCAAUGCAUCCUUCAGUUCCUCUAAUUACCAGUCUAUUCCAGAAGAUGAUAAUGAAACAGGUCCGGUGUUCUUGACUGGGUCCUCUUGGCUGACAAGCAAAUCAUUCUCAAAAAAUGAUGUGGUUGCCCUAUUUCACAUCCAUCAACUUCUCAACCAGAUUUCCAAACACAAAUGCCUAUCUGGCUCAACAGUCUGCAACCAACUAUUGUCAGUUUGAAAGGAAGUGUGAGCAAUACGGGUCUCCCCACUCUGCAAUCAUUAAACCCUCCUAAUUUAAUUUAAUUUCCUUUUUUUUUUUUAUAUAUCUCAAAAAUGUAUAACUGGCAGGACAAGAGACAUUUUUAUUGAUUUAAAAAAAAAAAAAUCUAUACUUUUUUCUUACAUUCUGUGUUUAUCACGGCCUUUGAAAUUUUCUUUAUAAGUACAUUAACUACAGAUACAAGAACAUCUUUGUAUAUAUCAUAUCCUGUCUUAUCUUUAUGGAGAGUAAAACAUUCUCAGUACUGUGGUGCAAUUGUAUUGACAUAAAAACAAUGUAUUAAUCUCCCUUCCCCCAUGACUCAUGAUAUCAACAUCAUUUGUCAUUUAUCCUGAAGCCUUUCAACCUGAUCACGCAAAACACAUAGCACCAAAGUUACCGACGUUCACGCAAAAAAUGCACUCUCACUUUUCGAUGGGCUGAUACAAACAUAGCCUUACACACCAUUUAAUACAACAAUUAACUUGCCACUCACUCUAUUUUGGUUCUAAAUCCUUUGGGCAGGUGACCUCUUAAUGGGUACAGUCUCCUAACCAUAUAAUUGACACGCUAACAUGGCAGUAAUGUUCAACUGCCAUCACCGAUGCGGUGCUAUACCAAAGGCUAUAAAGCAUUAGGUGUCAACCAACUGAUUACGGGCUUAUCUAGGCUUACCACCCUACUUGUGUGAGUUGAGGACCACAUAUGUUCACAUUACGCUAGUAUGUAUACCUACAAAAUGAAUGGAUGACAUGAAAUUAUCUCAAUGCUCUUUGUGUUAUGUUAAUCCAUCCACAUGUUUUAUGUUCGCCCUUACACAUGGUAUGUUUAUCCAAUUGUAUGUGAUAUGUUCAUCCUUACACAAUUGUUGUAUGUCCAUACAACAGUUGUUGCAACUUUGAUGUACUUGAUCAUAACAAUGUGUAACUUUGGAACGGUUAUAACUUUGUGAACAUUUCCAAUAAAUGUUUAAAAAAUAUAAUAAUAAUCCCAGUGGCAUUAGACAGUGGUAUAAUCUUCUUGGGAUAGGAGUGGGUUCUCUGUAGUUUCUGCUCACUAUUUGAUGGACACUCCGAGACAACUUGUGAAGAGGUUUGUCAUAGAAAACUUUCAGAUAUGACAGUUAAUCCUUGCAGAAGUGUGUGGGGCAUGAAGUUUCAUUUUCAGCUUUUUCAUAGUGUACAGUCAAUCGAAAAAUGCUUUCAUUUUUUGAGUACUACUAGUUUAUGGAGUGAGUAGGCUUACUUUGGAAAAAUACAAUGGUUGCAUAUAUAAAUUUGUAACGCGAAUUGAGAACAACAUACAUCUAGUAUAAAAAUAUCCCUAAACAUUGCUGCAUAUUAAUUUUGUAUGUAUUGUCUAAAUGAAAGCUGUGUGUUUUAGGUACCGCCUGAUCAAGGUCAAUACCUGCAAUCUUUGUGCACAGUGAAGUUAAGAAGUGUACAAAAGCAUCACUUGUAAGGUAAUGAGAAAUGUAGCAGCAUAUUCCUCAAGUGGAUACAUUUCAAGACACAAGACUUAAAAGUACCAGUGUAUUAUAAAGUAUGGAGGAGUAGAUUAUGUGAGAAUUGUUAUAGCUGUGCAAUAUAUAUCAAAUUAUGAAUUAAUUACAUCAAAAUGUCUUCAGUAUAGAUAUUAUAAAUCACUGUUUAAUAGUUCCAAUAAGAUUAAUUUGGGGAGUUUAGAUUAUUUUUUGGAAGGUUUACAUAUACCCAAAAUAACAGAACAGAAAGAAAUGUUAGACAAAACUAUUCAGACCUGUGAAGUUAUUAAAGCAAUCGAAACACUUAAAAACAAGAAAGCCCCUGGCCCAGAUGGGUUUGGGGCACAGUUUUAUAAAAUAGUCAAAGAAAGAUUAGUCCCUGAGAUGGCACAAGCCUUUAAUGAAUUUAUACAUCUGUCUAAUUUCUUACGGCUAAUAUUCUCCCAAUUCUUAAUGGAGCACUAUAGGGUCAGGAACACAAACAUGAAUUCCUGAUCCUAUAGGGUUAAAACCACCAUCUAGCCCCCUGGUCCCUUCAUGCCUCCCUAAAUAUAGUAAAAUCUUACUUGUAUUCAAGUCUUGCUUGCUUUGUCCCUGUUUCCUUUUGACCUGCCUGCUGACAUCAUCGGAAGUGGUAGCCUGAUCCGAUCACAAUGCUUCCCCAUUGGAUUGGUUGUGACUGAAAAAGAGCCCUGGCCAAUCAGCAUCUCGCCAUAGAGAUGAAUUGAAUCAAUGAAUCUCUAUGAGGAAAGGUCAGUGUCUGCAUGCAGAGGGAGGAGAUACUGAAUGUUUGGAUGCAUUUUAGGCAGCCAUGACCCAGGAAGGAUAUCUAACAGCCAUCAGAGGAGUGGCCAGUGAGGUUAUGACUAGGCUAUAAUGUAAAAACUGCAUUUUCUCUGAAAAGACAGUAUUUACAGCAAAAAGCCUGAAGGUAAUGAUUCUACUCGCCAGAACAAAUGCAAUAAGCUGUAGUUGUUCUGGUGAUUAUAGUGUCCUGUAACGGUACCGUUUGCACUCCAACCGGGUACCUUCCGUUGAUGGAUGCUCCUAGUGCUUCCCGAGGACUCCAAGCACUCCAUCAGACACCAUAACCACUGUAGACUCCCACAAACCGCCACAGCUUGGUUGGUGUCUCGCCGUCUCCACCCACUCUGGACCCAAGACCAGGGUCCAGCUUCCAGUAGGUCAACCUCUCCGAAUUCCAGAGAGCAGGAACAGGAUCAAGCCCUUAGCAGAGCUUAGUGAUUAUACCCUGGGGAGUAUAAUGAUUAUAGCAAUCCCCAGAAUGUAGUUCUCCAAUCCCCCAAACAUGAGCCGAAACUUCAUGAAGGUACAAGAUGAUCUGACUCCAAUGAGCGUUUAUUACGCCUUAUAUACAAGUUUUCAGGCCAGAGGCACAUCCCCUGGACCUGGUGGAAAACUGUGACAAAAGGGACACAAACCAAUGGGAACACUAAUUCACAUAAUAACACUCCCACAUACACAAUGAAAUCCCUCCUCUCCAUCCUGGAGAUAAUUGGCUUAAGGCACUGCAGUAAACUCAAUUAUCUCCAGGUACAGAAAAUAUCUACAUUUUACACUAACAGCAAAAAUACAUAAAAGUACAUAAAAAUACAUAAUUCUUAUUAUGUUACACAAACCCCCCACAUUUAACCUAUCCCCAGAUAGCUCGGAUCUGAGUGCCCAAUAUAGGUGAACAGCGCUCAGAUACCACGAACAAAGUAAAUUUGCCAUGAGGUUAAAGUUUUGGGGAAGCCUCUUUUGACCGACCGUAAGCAGGAUUUCCUGCCCAAAACAGUUCCACAGAGUUUGGCUGUGCGGACCGUCUAUUUCCAAUGUUAAAGUCAGUUCACAUAGAAAAAAUUACUAAGUCCCAUUCGAAUGCACAAACAGGCCCCAUUCAUGCAAAUAGCACAGAGUGACAUGGCGUUCGAAUUGUCGAACACACUUCAACUUUAGCCAAGGUGGAGGAGAAGGUCAGGGUCAGCGGUGUUCGUGCAAAGGUGCAGCCGGUUUUAGUUCCAUGGAUUCAGGGGCACACACCGCUGACUGCAUUCGACUAAAUUAAAAUGUCCGCCGCCACGUGUUCAUUUGUCGAAUGGCUGACACUUCGACUACUUCGGCACUUAGGCUGCAUCCGAAGUGCCAUGUAAAAAGUACCAAUCCUUCCCUACAGUUCUUAAAGGGCCAGAAGUAGUGAAAUAAAAUCCGAUAUGGCCAAAUAAUGUUCUUAAAGGGCAAAAUCUGCCAAAAACGAUCUCACUAUUGCCAGAGGCUCUUGGCCACUUUCCUCAUGCCUAAACAGACCAAGCAACUCGUGGUGAACUCCUGCUUCCGGCUCACCAAGGCAACCAACGCAGCUCAAGAGGUAGCCAGGGAUGUCUUGCUAAAACUGGUGCGAGGCUCUAACCACGCAGUAAUCAUGGGGGCAGUCAGGGGUUCCCCCACAUUCUCUUUUGAGGGGGCACAACUGGCAUUUUACAGAGACUUUUCUAGGCAUACUUUGACAUGGCAGAGAUCUCUCAAGCAGAUUACCUAGCUCCUCCAGCAGAAUUCAAUCCCCUAUAAAUGGGGCCCCCCCGACGACUAAUCGCCGACAAAGCGGGCAAGAUAUACGCAAUAUCACACCCCAAUUAAGCACCAGCCUUCCUGCAUUCCCUAAGCCUGCCAACAGAGAAGCUACUGCCACCAGACCACCCAGCCUGGACUGUAGCGGGAAUAACCCCAUUUGUACCCAGAGUUGGGGCACCCGAGGCAACCAAACUGCCAACCUGAUGUCUGCUGCUGCAGAUACAUGUGCCCUCAUUCACACAUAAUGUCCCUCAAAUGUGUAAAGUUUUUCUGUUUUACUGUUUGUUGAAAUCGUAUUUAAUACCUCUGUUGUUCUGGCUCCGUAAGCUUAAGACUAAACUCUAAGAUAGCAUACCCCCGUCCCCCCAACAGCACAUAGAGCGCAUAAGCGGUCCCCCUGUGACAUAACAGCUACUCACUGCACGCUCCACUUAAGACCACAGCCUUCUGUUUAAGCACCAGAAUACUACAGCUCCGGCAGCCUGACUGGGAAACUGGUCAGAGUUGAGGGAAAGAUGGUGCUAAAUAUAGGGAUAUUCUUGAGCAAAACCUCUACCACUCUGUGCGUGAUUUGAGGCAAGGACGAAGGUUCACCUUCCAGCAGGACAAAAAAAGACCCCAAACACACUGCUAAAUCAACACUUGAGUGGUUUAAGGGGAAACAUGUAAAUGUGUUGGAAUGGCCUAGUCAAAGCCCAGACCUCAAUCCACUAGAAAAUCUGUGGUCAGACUUAAAGAUUGCUGUUCACAAGCGCAAACCAUCCAACUUGAAGGAACUGGAGCAGUUUUGCAAGGAGGAAUGGGCAAAAAUCCCAGUGGUAAGAUGUGGCAAGCUCAUAGAGACUUAUCCAAAGUGGCUCUACAAAGUAUUGACUUUAGGGGGGUGAAUAGUUAUGCACAUUGACCUUUUCUGUUAUUUUGUCCUAUUUGUUGUUUGCUUCACAAUAAAAAAAAAAAAAUCUUCAAAGUUGUGGGCAUGUUCUGUAAAUUAUAUGAUGCAAAUCCUCAAACAAUCCAUGUUAAUUCCAGGUUGUGAGGCAACAAAACACGAAAAAUGCCAAGGGGGUGAGUACUUUUGCAAAGUACUGUAUUAUAGGUGCCUUACUAGAGCUUAAGUUUCAUGGCGCUAUGCCACUUAGCCACAAGGCGCAUGAAGCCCAUCACUAGUAUCCCCCCCAGAUGAAUGCAUAUUCGCUGAACUAGAGGCGAAUCUGGGUAUCUUAGCUUAAAACAUUAAAAAUGAGUAGGAUUUGCUGGUGAUUUACUCCCAGCUUCAGUGACCAUGUUGUCUAUCUGCCAUUGACAUAAAAUGUUGUAUUCAACUCAAAAAAACUAUAGUCCUAUAUCCCUUAUCAAUGUAGAUGCUAAGGUUUAUGCGCCCAUCAUGGCGGUUAGACUUAAGCGGGUUAUUACAAGGAUUGUUUCUAACGACCAAAUAGGUUUUGUCCCUUGUCGAAGCUCUAUCAGUAAUAUUUGAAGAAGAAUAGGCGGGGCUGAAAAUCAACAAAAAUAAUUUGUUACUAUAGCUUUAGAUGCUGAGAAAGCUUUUUCGACCGGGUUGAUCGGGGGUUUAUGAUGCAGAGUCUGGAACAAUUUGAUUUUGAAAUUUUUCUUUGUAAGGCAAUAAAAGCUUUAUACAGCGUCCCUAGUGCCAGAACCAUCAGGCAAAAUAUACAUGCUAACUGGUUCAAUCUGGGAAAAGGGACAAGACAGGGAUGUCCACUCUCCCCACUUUUAUACAUCAUAACAUUAUACAUUUUUGGCAAAUAAAAUAAGAGCAGAUAGAAAUAUCCAUGGGUAUCCCUUUUCCCAGAAGGAAUAUAAGGUCUGCAUGUAUACUGAUGAUAUUCUUUUGACGCUUGCAGACAUCGAAAAUUCUCCACCCGCUCUUUUGAAUGUGAUCGCUCAGUAUUCAAAUCUAUCCAAUUACAAACUAAAUGCGGGCAAAACAGUAAUCAUGGCUCUCAAUUUAAAGGAAGAAAAAAAAAUAUGGCUGCAACAAUGUUACAGUGAGUUUACCUAUCUGGGUUUUAAAAUAACACCGGACGUUUCGGACCUUUUAGCAUUAAACUUUAUGGCAGUACUAAAAGAGAUAAACUGUGUUAAGGGGAUGGAAGAAUAAAUAUCUAUCAUGGGUGGGCAGAAUAGAUGCUGUAAUAGCAUAUAUUGUCCCCAAACAGGCACACAGGGGUGCCACAGAAUGUUUGUCUGGUGCUAUGACUAUAGCACCGGGGAAACAUUACUGCUGAACAGGGGCCCGGUCGGAUGCCACGGUCCUCUAAGACCGCGACCAGGCAUCUGUAAUGUUGGCCGGCUCGGAGGAAGUGACAGCCUGUCACUUCCUCCCAGCAUCAUGCAGAGAGACAGCGCAGGAGGGAGGCAGCCGCGAGGGGAGAGGAGCACUGCAGGAGCUGCGCCAGACUCACACCAGCCAGCAGGACUCCAGGCCACCCUCUUGGACACAUAAGGUAAGAUAACAGGAGGGUGGCAGGAGAUAUAAAGAAAUAUCACGUGUGUGUGUAUGUGUAUGUGCAAAUGAGUGUGUGCGUUUAUAAGUGUGUGCGUUUAUAUGUGUGAGUGUAUGUGUGAGUGUGUUUGUGUGUGUAUAUAUAUAUGUUAGUGUGCUUCUGUGUCAGUGUGUGUGUCUGUGUGUGUUCACACAUCUGUGUAUGUGCAUCUGUUUGUCAGGGUGUGUGUUUUUAUGUCAGUUUGUGUAUCUGUGUCAUGGUGUGUGCAUGUAUCAAUGUUUGUGUGUGUCAGGGUGCAUGUGUGUAUAUGUCGAUGUGUAUCUAUGUGUGUGUCCAUGUCUAUAUGAAUUUGUGUUUAUGUGUCGGUGUAUUUAUAUGUAUCUGUGUGUUAAUGUGCAUGAAUAUCUGUGUACCUUUAUAUGAAUGUACAGUGCCUUGCAAAAGUAUUCACCCCCCUUGGCAUUUUUUCGUGUUUUGUUGCAUCACAACCUGGAAUUAACAUGGAUUGUUUGAGGAUUUGCAUCAUUUAAAUUACAGAACAUGCCCAGAACUUUGAAGAUUUUUUUUUUUUUUAUUGUGAAGCAAACAACAAAAAGGGCAAAAUAACAGAAAAAGUCAAUGUGCAUAACUAUUCACCCCCCUAAAGUCAAUACUUUCAAGUUGGAUGGUUUGCGCUUGUGAACAGCAAUCUUUAAGUCUGACCACAGAUUUUCUAUUGGAUUGAGGUCUGGGCUUUGACUAGGCCAUUCCAACACAUUUACAUGUUUCCCCUUAAAUAACUCAAGUGUUGCUUUGGCAGUGUGUUCAGAGUCAUUGUCCUGCUGGAAGGUGAACCUCCUUCCCAGCUUCAAAUCACGCAGAGUGGUCAAGGUUUUGCUCAACUCAAGAAUAUCCCUCAACUCUGACCAGUUUCCCAGUCCCGGCUGCUGAAAAACAUCCCCAAAGCAUGAUGCUAACACCACCAUGUUUCACUGUGGGGAUGGUGUUCUUUGGGUGAUGUGAUGUGUUGGGUUUGCGCCAGACAUUGCAUUUUCUUUGAUGGCCAAAAAGUUCAGUGUUAGUCUCAUCAGACCAGAGCACCUUCCUCCAUGCAUUUUGGGAGUCUCCCACAUGCCUUUUCGCAAACUCAAAACGUGGCAUUUAGUUUUUUGCUGAAAGUAAUGGCUUUCUUCUGGCCACUCUGCCAUAAAGCCCAACUCUAUGGAGGGUACGGCUUAUUGUCGUCCUAUGUAUAGAUACUCCAGUCUCUGCUGUGGAACUCUGCAGCUCCUCCAGGGUUACCUUAGGUCUCUAUGCUGCCUCUCUGAUUAAUGCCCUCCUUGCCUGGUCCGUGAGUUUUGGUGGGCGGCCGUCUCUUGGCAGGUUUGCUGUUGUGCCGUGUUCUUUCCAUUUGGUUAUGAUAGAUUUGAUGGUGCUUCUGGGGAUCAUCAAUGGUUUGGAUAUUUUUUUAUAACCUAACCCUGACAUGUACUUCUCAACCUCAUUGUCCCUUACUUGUUUGUAGAGUUCCUUGGUCUUAUUGACAGUGUUUUCUUAGUGUUACCUCUUGCUUAGGUGUUGCAGCCUGUGGGGAUAUUUAUGGGAUAAUAAUAGUAACAGUGAGAAUUGCCCACUAAUUCAAUUCUCAGAUCCCAAAGAACGUUUAUCGUAAGUGAAAAGUAUUUCAUAUAAAUAAUCACAAUGUAUAAAAAUAGAUUUUUAUUUAUAAUGACAAGUUAAUUAAUAAUAAUAUAUGUAACAUGCAUGACAAUAAUCAAUGAAUAUCCAGUAUAAAAUGGUAUGCAAUACAAAGAAAUGGGGAUUACGUUUCAAUGGCUAAACGGCAUUAUCUGUCAAGAAUUCUGACGAUUUAUGACUAUCUUUAACACAGACUUUUCACAGCUAAGAACAGAAUUCCUCAGAUUGCAGCGUAAGGUCGUAAAGUUUAGCAGACAGUUAGAAUAACCCUUUCAAUGCUGGCUAGAUCUCCUAGGUAGUUAAGAUCUAUUCUUAUGUAUUUUUAAAUAAAAUAACAUUUAAACCAGUUCACUAGUCAUUUUCUUAAACCAUCCAUAAGAGAAUUUACCACAUUAUAUAAGCAGAUUUUUAAUUUGUCUAAAAGAUAUCUAUCUUAAUUUAGAGCAAAUCAAUACACCUGGAUAAAAACAGCGGUAUGCUAACACGUGAUAAUAUCACAUCAAUAUAUAAUUAUUCUUAAUUCCACCUGCAGAAUGGAAUGUUUAUAACUAUAUAUUCUUUAGUUAACUAAGAUUUCUUAAUAUGGAAAUCUGACCGUGCUUUAUCCAGUCAUAUAUAAUGCUAUUAAUACAUUUUAAUUAAUUUAAUUUAAUUAAAUGAAACCAGUAUAAUUACCAGUUGAGUAGAUAUUUCAUCCGAUUGGUAGUCUCUCUGCAUGGAGGUGUUGGUUAGAAAGUCAGUAAAUUCUAAGUGUUAGAGUUUUAGGAGUAGAGUGUUAUUCUCAGAUGUUGUCCGAGUUGGAAUCCCCAAACUUCCAAUUCCUCUCUCCUCUCCGUUGCAUAUCUUGCAUGUGCCUCCUCUCGUGUAUUUUUUUGUAUCUCUAUCUUCCCUUUGUCUUAACUUUUAAAGGGCCAGACUCUCUGUACGUCAUCAGUUGAUAACCCAAUAGAAGCACUAGAGGUGUGGUUAUCUUCCAGAUCGCAAAUUAGUUAUUUGGUCUAUAGAGGGCAGUCUUGUCCCACUAAACAUACCUAUCCAGGAAAGAGUUAACUUUUCCUGGUGGCUAUUUUGACGUCAUUUUGCGUUAUCUUUAUAGCGCCAUAAUUUAAAAUUUCAAAGGGUUUCUUAAAUUUUGUCCAGACUUAGCGUCUGCAAUUCCUGCCAUAAUUUCUGAUAUGACAGAUCAUGAACUAAGUUUACCCUUUUCCAUACAAUGGUACCUUAUAUAUAUAGACAGUUAAAUAUUAAAUUAUUUAAUCUUCUCUGUCACAAUUGUCUGGGUUUAGAUUUGAUUAUAUUCUUCUUAUCACUUGUUUGUAUAUACUAUGCAUUCCUUAGCUCUGGGAAAGUGGUUACCUUACAGAUAGAAAUAUAGUGUCAUUUUGUUAACUUGAAUAACAAAAUGGAGUCUGGUCUGUUCAGAGUGACUCAGAAUAUACACUUUUAGUUUCUAUCAUAGCACAAAAUGUCUGCUGAUAUAAAUACUCUGACAAGCCUCUGGGGCCUUUCAAAAAAGGUGUGUAUAUGUAAUGACAGAUCAUGUGACACUUAGAUUGCACACAGGUGGACAUCAUUUCACUAAUUAUGUGACUUCUGAAGGUAAUUGGUUGCACCAGAGCUUUUUAUGGGCUUCAUAACAAAGGGGGUGAAUACAUACGCACAUGCCAAUUUUCUGUUUUCUAUUUCUAUAUCCCUCAACUCUGACCAGUUUCCCAGUCCCGGCUGCUGAAAAACAUCCCCAAAGCAUGAUGCUAACACCACCAUGUUUCACUGUGGUGAUGCUAACACCACCAUGUAUAUGUUUUUCUCAUUUCACUUUACCAACUUAGACUAUUGUGUUCUGAUCCAUUACAUAAAAUUUAGAUUAAUAAAUCAUUGAACAUAAGGCUGCAAUGUAACAAAAUAGGAAAAAGUCAGGGGUGGGGAGGAGAGGUGAAUACUUUUGCAAGGCACUGUAUGUGGUGGUGUAUGUGCAUACAUCCAAGCAGUCAAACACCAGCACAACAUACAAGCACACGCCUGCAAUCUAACACAAAUAUUACAUUCAAACACACCCCUGCAUUCAAACCCCCCCAAAAUAUACAAAAACACAUCUUUACGCAAACACAAAUACUUCACACUGAUGUACAUUUAAAAGUGAACAUUACAUUCAGACACACCCCUGCAAUAAAACGCAAACAUUACACACAAACAGACCCCUGUAUUAAAACACUAAAACUAUAUACAAGCACCCCUUCAAACACCAACAAUGUACAUUACACUAUAGCGCCAGUAAUUGCGCUGUAAAGAUAUACAACCUAGAAAUUUUGACUUGGGGUGUCUUGAAAAAAUAUUUAAAUAUUAAAGGACCACUAUAGGUAUCCAGACCACGUCAGCUCAAUGAAGUGAUCUGGGUGCCAGGUCUCCCUAGUUUUAACCCUGCAGCUGUAAACAUAGCAGUUUCUCACUGACAGCCACUAGAUGCCACUUCCACAAUUCUCACUGUAAUUCCUAUGGGUGGUUUAAUUGCGCUCGCGGCUCUUGUCGCGUAUUAGUCAAUGACGUCGGCAGGAGGAGGAGAGUUCCCUAGCGCCGAGGGAGCCCGGCGCUGGAGAAAGGUAAGUGGCUGAAGGGAUUUAACCCCUUCAGCCGAGCAGGAGGGGGUACCCUAAGGGUGGGGAGGGGACGCCUAAUGACCCUAUAGUGCCAGGAAAACGAGUUUGUUUUCCUGACACUAUAGUGCUCCUUUAAGGACGCCAUAAACCUAAAAAGUUUGGGAACCACUGGGCUAACCUAUAUAAUGACAGAAUACUGAAAACUUUUUCCUUGUUCAAUUUAGAAUAUAACUUAUCUACUAGGGAAAGUUUUACAUUCUUAAGAAUGAAGUGCUUUUUACAGAAGGCCACGUUAGUGACCGAUGAACAAAUAAUGAGAUUACUGAGAAACAAACGGUCCCUAAAUCAUUUCGAAAGCCUACUCACUAAUAGCCCUUAUACAUCGAGAGGAAAAAUCAUAAGAAUAUACAGACAUGGUCUAAGUUACUACAUAUUGACAUAAAUAAUGAAGAAUGGUUUGAGGCUAUAAAAAGGUACAAUAGAGAUAUUCAUUGUGUAAAUAUUAUCGAAAACCAGUGUGAAGUGAUUAAUUUUUGGUAUCUGGCCCCAAUAAAAGCAGCGAAUAUUGCAUUUGAUAAACUACAGGUCUUGGGGAACUUCAAGAUCGAAAAAAAAAAAACAGAAAUAUUAAUUUUACACUUGAAUUGGCCAGAGUUAACGCAAAAAGAAGUACUUAUGGCAACUUAAUCUUUUGUUGCCACAAAACUGCUCUUAGCUCGGCAUUGGAAACUAAAUGUCACAAUAACUUGGCCAAGCCUGAAGAGUCAAAUUCUAUUUCAGAGCUGAAUGGAAGGAGGACUUAAAGGGGCACUGUAGGCACCCAGACCACUUCAGCUUAUUGAAGGGGUCUGGGUGCUGUGACCUUUUUGCACCUAGUGCUGCAAUGUAAAACAUUGCAGUUUUUUAAGGGAACUGCAAUGUUUAGAUCGCAGCUCUAAGUCUGCCCUCAGUGGCUGUCUACGAGACAGCCACUGGGUGCGCCUCCGGAUUCGUAACAAACUUUUGGUCCAUUAUCUGACGCUGGAUAUAUAUAGGAAUGGGAGGUCUGAUGGCGGCAGGAAGCAUGGGCUGAGCCGGACCCAGGCGCUGGGUUCAGGUAAGUGGCUAAAGGGGACUUAUUAACCCUAUAGUGCCAGGAAAACGGCUUUGUUUUCCUGGCACUCUAGGAUCCCUUUAAGUGGCUUAAUAAGAUAUCCUCCUGGUAACUUGGUAGUUUUUAAGAUUGGUGUACGUUUUUCCUUUUCCUUUUUUUCUUUUAUGUGCUGGCAUAUGUGAAAGACAUGAAGAAGUAUAAUAUGGAAAAGAAUACCUCCAAAGAAAGAAAACAUUGCUAGUUAUGAGAUAAGCUGGGGGCAAACAGUAAAACUAUGGAAUACAUCUUCAUGUUCUCAAAUCUAUGUUAUUUGUUGUACUCAGCUCUUUUUUUUUGUAUCAUGAUAAAUUUACAAGUAAAGGUGAUUGAAUUAAAAAAAAAAAAAUUUCUUCAGUAUUGAGUAGUUCCGACGCAAUUUUAGCUUGGGGUUACAGGCAGCUAAAUAUGCAAAUUCAUAGAUAUAUUAUAUUACAGGUUGUAGAUCUGUUUUGAUACCUGUGAAUUGUGUAGAAUAAAUAAUUAUAGAAUCUGCAGAAAAGUUUAACAUUUAGUCAGUGGCCAUUUAGUGAAGACUUUUUUCUAUUAAAUGUGUCUACUUUGUAGUUAGUGGAUGGGUUUUAAAUCAGUUUGUCUAUCCAAAGUGUUUUUAAAUCAUGUCUCCAAUUCUUUCUCUCCUAGCCAUAGUUUGUUCAUUGACCUAAAAAAGUUUCUUUAAAUUGCCGGAAGGUGCACCAUUCUGGACAUUUGCCAGGGACAUCUGGAUCAUGGUUGUUUGAUGCAGAUAAUGUAAAGAUUUGCUAUAUUCCACAGUUUGUAAUAUACAAAGCAGGCAAAAUAAUACAGCAUUGCAAAUUGUUUAUAUAGCUCAUAGUCCAUUUUAUAACUGUUUCAUAUUUCAGAGUUGUGUAGAAAUACAAUACUUUUAGAACUAUAUUUAAAUAUUAUAGAGCAGGGUUUAUGGUCGUUUACAGUCAGAUGUCUUAUAAUCCCACAGAGAAGUUUAAUGGCGAUAAAUGAAAGAGUAUUGUCUGAAAAAAAGAAGCACUGCUCAAAAUAAAAAAAAAUAAAAAAGUAAACUUUCAUUUUCAUAAAACACAAUGAGACAAAGGGGCCAGGGCUUGGCCACCAAAUGAGCAAGUCACAUGCUGGAUGAGCUCCUCAACAGAAAAGCAAAAUUAAGCAAUUAUUUAGAGUUUUGACGUUAUUUAUCACUCGCACUUCUACUGCCUGAGGACAAUCUAGCCUUGAUUAGUCCUAAUAAUCGUAAGGUAUAUUCGGGUUUUCCUAGUCCUAUUCAGCUGAGGUCUACUAGCCUGUCAAGGUAGGGAAUGCAGCCGAUUUCUAACUUUUGAAAAGCCUUGUAACGGCUGAUCCCCUCCCCCAUCUUUGGAUCUUUGUGGGAGUUAUACCGGUCUCCACUGGAGACUAGCUUGUUAACCGCAAAAAAGUCAAAGGAAGGCAGUGCCUAUUAUUUUACAAAGCUGACCAUACACACAAUUGCUACCAUACCUUCUACCCAGCAACCAUUUCCACAGCGGGCCUCGUGGAUGGAGGCCUUUAAUUAGGCUUUUGUUAAUCCGUGCAGCCAUUACAUUUAGCUAGAGCAUAUAUUGGACUGUGUUUGCGGGACUUUGUCCAUUUUAUAUGAGCAGAUUCCCGGCGUCGGGAAUUGGGAUAUUUGGGGCCCAUGAUAAAGCAUUUACCUACCAGUUUGCUGAAUGUUUUUCUUUAGUUAUGGUUAUCACACUCUCAACUUUACUUACUCAUGUACCUUGGCCAACCCAUAAAUGGCUUAUUUACUCCAGUGGCAACCUACUUGUGUGUUUAAGCUGUUACAUAUUUAUUAUAUACUACACAUUGAUAAGCCUUUAUUUUUCCUCUAUUGUUAUUUCUUUAUUUAAAAAUAAAAUCAAGAUUUUUCUUUGAGCCAGUUCAGCCUCUGUCAGUUAAAGUGUUUAAUUCUUAUGAUCAUACAGUUGUAUGCUAGAAAAUUUUACAACCUGUAACAUGCUAUCAUUCUAAUAAAAAUUAAAUUACAGAAAAAACAAAACACGAGAUAAAAAACCUUGACACAUCUUUCAUGUUAAAGGGGCACUCCAAACAGCUAAAGCACUUGCUGAAGUGCUCCAUGUAUUAAUUGCUUUUUGGAAAUGAGGGAAGGUGUGAAUUCUACUCCAUUGCGACACUGAUAUAAAAGUCUGGAAAAGUGCAUUGGGCAUGCCUGACAGAUUAACACAUGUUCAGUUAGAAGAUGUCUUUACCUUGAAACAUCUGACGGGCUGAAGAUGGGUAGUUAGAUCAGUGUGAUCAUGCAGAGCAGGCUUCAGUGUCAGAUAUCUCUCUUGCUGCUGCACGGUGAUGCCCUGUUUCUGUCACUAGUGGACUGGAAGGAGGAUAAGACGGGCAUGGGGGUCUGUAGAAACUCCCUUUGCAGAGAGGUGUGCCCAACAUGGCAAUCUGACCAAGUUUAUAGCAGGGCUCGACAAAUGCCUUGCCUUGGUGUCUGGGAUAUGUGAGACCUUUACCUCCGAGGCAGGUGGGCCGCUGGCGGAAAACUGGGGGAUUAUGGAGGCUGGCUGCAUGCUUGGGGAUCGUGGAAGCGGAUCGCUAGCUGCGCGAAUAGAAGGAGGGAGGAGAGGGAGCUGUGAUGUCCCUGCUCUGCUCACCGGAGUGCCGCUUAAUAAUAUUAUAUAUAUUUCACUCUCACUGGGUAUAUAUGUGGUUUGUGUAUGCAUUGGUGCAUGCAGAGUGGACUGUGAUCCCAUGUACCUCAGGAUACUGAUUACAUUUUUCCAGUUUUUACCUCAUCCACUUUAUUGUGGGUUAGGUAAAUCUUUCUUGUGUUAUUAUUAUUAGGUUUAAGCCCUUUGGAAACUGCUGGAGUGUCUACACUGGUGUAUAGAUCUCAAGAAGUAAACUCUUGGAUAUCUUAUUCUUUUUAUUAGCUGAUAUGGAAUCUUACAGUACCUUUCCAUAUGUUCUAUGAUGAAUAUGUUAAGAGAUUACGUUUAAAUUUUGCUACUUCACUUCUCAUAUAUAAAACUCAGUAACAUAAUAUAUUAUAUAUACCUUACAGCAGGCUUCCCCAAACUCCGGCCCUCCAGAUGUUGCUGAACUACAACUCCCAUGAUUCUCAGCCUAUCUAUUUCAUUCAUAGAAUCAAGGGAGUUGUAGUUCAGCAACAUCUGGAGGGCCGGAGUUUGGGGAAGCCUGCCUUACAGACACAAAGGCAAAAAUGUGAUCAAUAUAUCAUGCUUAGUAUUUAAAAUAGCAUAUUAUUGAACCAAAUUUGUCUAUCACUAUUGUAUUUACUGUCAGUUGGCCCAGCCAGAACAUCCGGACAUGGUUUGGUUCAUAUAGAAGUAAUUAAAGGAAAGGAUAUUUUUAAACCUUUUAGGUAUAACUUUUUGUUCUGUAGAUGUAGGAUGUGCUAAAAACCAGAGACAGAGCAUUCUGGUAAUGUUAGAUCAAUAAAACACCCUUAAGGGUGUAAUUUAGAUACAAUUAUUCUGAAAGAAUUAUAGUGGAUAUUUCUAAAUACAGAACAUAAUUCUAGAGUGAGUCAUGUAUCAGGCUGGAUUUAGCUGUGAUGAUCCUGUUGUCACAAAUUGGUGGCUGCUCCGAAGUGAUAGCACAGUGAAACAUCACUUCUGGUUCUAUGGAAUGCUCUAUAGUGAAAUUUAGUGGGAUAAGCCAGUGAAGAUUCACAACUGACAAUCCGGUACGGGAGGAUUGUGUACUAAUUUGUUGCUUGUGCUUCUUGGAUAUACCGUACUUUAGAUCAGACAUUUAACCAAUCCAGCUUGUAGGCUCCCGUGCUGUAUACACACCUUGGCAUGUGAUUGCAUUACUAAGAGUGUGCUAUCUUUUGCAGAAAUGGCCAUAAUUAAUUGCCAUGUGCCCUUAGACUGUAAGACAAUACAGAGCCUCUCAAAAUACCAAACAAUGAAAAUAGUAAUCAAGGUUUUAAUUGUGUGACUGGAAGUAGAUUGGAAAUCCCAACAAUAUAUGGCUCAAAAUGAGCUGCAGUUAUGGGUAAAGGACAGCUUUGUGGUUUAGAAUUCUCCAUUCUAAUAUGGCCAUGGUUUUAGUAACCAAGAGGAGUGUAGUAAAUGUGGUGAAUUCCAUACUAAGGUGAUAGAAGGUAAAUGUUUUAUUCCUGGGGCCAGUAAAGUCGUUUGUUCAACAGAUGAUUAUAUGAUACAGUUCAUGGAACAAAGACUUUCAUCAAAUUGGGUCUGAACAUUGGAUAGCUGUCUCUACACAAAAGAUCACAAUUUGAAAAGAUCCUUUAAAAAUCAGUAGGUCAAAUAAAUUGUCUGACUUUAUCAUAUUAUCAAAACAUGAGAAAAUAACAUUGAUCAGUGACAGCUUUUGAUGACGGCAAUAUAAAAUUCGUGAGAUUUAAAAAAAAAUUAUCAGCAGCACAAAAAUAAAACAAAAUUAUUUGCAGCUUCUGAAUUCUCUUUAAUUAGUGUUUGAUUUUUCCUUUACAGGGGAGAGUACGUGGCUGGACCUCACCUGCCGCCGUUCUGGCCCCACACACAGAGUACUUCUGCCAGGCCAAGAGACCCUGCUGCUAUGUAACCUGGACAGAGUGGAUGGAUCUUCUAACAUCACAUGGUGGAAGGAUGAGAAACAGCUGAACCCUAAGGAUACUCCCAGUGUCCUACCUAAUAUGUCAUUGCUAAUUUCUCAUGGUGAAGGGAACGACAUUGAAGGACGUUACUUCUGCACAAUCCAUACAGCCUUUGGGAUAGUGAUGGGCAGAACUGGCACAGUCAGAUUGGCAAGUGGGUCUAACAACACUUCUUGUUAUUGUUGAGUUAUUUUGUGAUUGGUGGGUUUAUGUCACAAUGCGUUUUACUAUUAAAUGAAACAUAGCUAACUCAGGCCUUAAACAAGUUUUAGCUAACUUUUACUCUUGUAAAGGCAACCUGUUCCAUUUGUAUAACAGACUGGUCUUACCUACAAGGGCAGUCCAGGUCUGAAAUACCAAACAGGCCCCUUCUGCGCUAGAGAUGUCUUUCCAUGAUUGUUUCAGCCUUUCAUAGUCCUCCAAUUUGAGACAGCGCUGAUACCUGUCUCGGUAUAUUGAGCAAGGAUUCCAUGCCUGUAUUACAUGUUAGACAUAGGAAGACCCUGAGAAUAUGCAAAUAAACCAAAAGGCAAAAAGUGAAUGGAGAUUGCUUUUUGGUUAGUUUGCGCUCAGAUUUUGAACACUUUUUAACUUCCUUGUGCCAUUGUCUUUUUUUGUUCCUGCUAAACAUUCAAUCAACCAUGUCCAUUUUCAUAACCUGGCAUGAAUGAGAAACUACAGAGUAUUUAUUAUGUUUCCAGAAAAAAGUGGGAAAACACCUAGUAUAUAGUGAAUUAGAUACAACCUGUGAAGAUGAAUCAGGAAUAGGAUAAAUUAUGUAUGUAAAUCUGUAACAGUUAUAAACAUUACAUGGCGUGAUACAGUUACAGUUAAAUAAAAUUAUGUGUUAUAUAGGGCCCAUCGGGUGGCCCUAAGAGCUUGGGCCGGGUUCAGGACGUAGUUUGAGGACCCCUGUGUAGACUCUCACCCAGUCUCCACUCCUUCAAAAAAUCAUUAAAAACUCACUUUUUCAUGAAAACAUAUCAAUUAAACUGUUAAUAGCUUUCCCUCUCCGCACCUUGAUUCCUCUCCUGCAACUGUCAUCAAAACAAAACACUAAGACCUCAGUGAAUACUAUCCUAGCAACCAUGGCCAGAAAAUUUCUUGGUGGGCUCCCCCUGUCCUGGGCCGCAGCACUGGGCGAGCGGCUCUAGAGUAUGGCAGAGCAGGCACCUGCUUACCCUGAUGGCAGGUACCUGCUCUGCCAGUGAAUGACAGAGGAGAGGAGGCAGGCGGCGGCAGUGUGAGAGGCUCUUCUUGCAGCUCCUCACUCCUCCCUCGCGCAUCCUCUGUGAAGCCGGGAGCCGGAACAUGACGUCAUUUCGGCCCCGGGAUACUAAACAACACGCUGGAGAAGUAAGGAGCUGCCCCACACUGGGGAGUUAAGGAGGCUGUAUGUCUGAGUCUGUGUGUUAGUGAAUGUGUGAGUAUUAGACUUUGUUUGACUGUCAGUGUGUGUGUGUGUGUGUCUGUCAGUGAGUGAGUGUAUGUAUGUCAGUGAGUGUCUGCCUGUGUGUGUGUGUGUGUGUGUGUAUGUGUGUGUGCCUGUCUGUCAGUGAGUGUGUGAGUGUUUGACUGUCAGUGUGUGUGUGUCUGUCAGUGAGUGUCUGCCUGUGUGUGUAUCUGUCAGUGAGUGAGUGUAUGUAUGUCAGUGAGUGUCUGUCUGUGUGUGUGUGUGUGUGUGUGUCUGCCAGUGAGUGUAUGUAUGUCAGUGAGUGUCUGUGUGUGUGCCUGUCAGUGAGUGAAUGUCUGUCUGUCAGUGAAUGAGUAUGUCUGUCAGUGAGUGUCUGUGUGUGUGUGUGUGUGUGAGUGUUUGUCAGUGAAUGAAUGUAUGCAUGUCAGUGUCUGUCUGUCUGUGUGUGUGUCUGUCAGUGAGUGUCUGUCAGUGAGAGAGUGUAUGUCUGUCAGUGAGUUUCUGUGUGUGUGUCAGUGAGUGAGUGCGUGUCUGUCAGUGAGUGAGUGACAUGAGGGGGCGGCAAAAUGGAUCUUUCCCUAGGAGCGGCAGAAACCCUUGCACCGGCCCUGCUAGCAACUUACAUUUCUACCCUACCCAACCCUUACCUUGUGUGUCACUAGUCCCCACUCCCUCCAGCAUGUAAGCUCUUUGAACAAGGCCCUCUAUCCCUCUGUUCCUGUGCAUCAAACUCGUCUGGUUUAAAUACAUCUGUUUGUCCUCCUAUUGUACAGUGCUGCGGUAUUUUUUGGCGCUUUAUAAAUAAUAAUAAUAAUAGCCAAACUUCAGAAUCUAUAGGUGUUUAAAAUAUCACAAUGUUUCAAAUCAAACUGCGACAAACUGCGACACUCCACACUAUCGACCCUCACUAAUCUUCGUAGUAAGAAAAUGAUAUACAGUACUGAUCGCAGAUUAUUUCCACAUGUCUGAAGGUGACACUAAAGCAGAGUAUAUAGACAGUGACAAGCUUCUCAAAUAAACCAUAUUUUUAUUUGGCUGUAAUACUUCAUUAAUAAACAUAGUUUUUACUUCUCUCCCCCACAUGCUUGUUUGACCUACAUUAUGAGAGCUACUGGGUGGACUGGACUACCAUUAAAAACAUUGGUCUUUAUAUUGGGUCUGAAUUCCUAUCAGUUACAUGUGUGUUUAACCUUUGCUAUUAAACAAAUGUAAUACAUAGGGCACUAAGUUACUCUCUAUCAAAUAUGUAGCAGAAUAGGAUAGGGGGAAGUGAGUCUUACAGGGUUAUUCAGUAAAAUGUGAAUUCAAAUUUAAGGCUAAAGCAGCCAAGCUGGAAACAAUCUCUAAGUCAGCUCUGCUUUCAGUUUGGCUACUUUGGUCUUAAGUUUAAAAUUCACUUAGAAUUCUCACUUUACCAAAUAACCAUGUCAGUGUCUCUAUUUUCCCGAGCCUUCCCCCAGCAUACUAUAGCUGCCAGCCUGAUUUGUAACUUCCAUCAACCUCAGGCAUCCCACAAUAUGUGUGUUUACCAAUGCUGUGUACUGUUGUGUCACUUAAUGCUUUUGAAAAUGAGUUACAUGUGUCUAAAAUUUGCCAUCCCUUAAUCAUUUCUCCAAAGUUUUGAGUUUAGGAAAUAAACUGUGUAUUUAUUAAAAUAAAGCAAUCACAGUGUCAAUCAAUUACGUAUUAGUAUUUCCUAUUACAAUAAAUCAUAGUGUUAUUUUAUUUCUCAGCAUUUAUAUAAAAUAUUUUGAUACAAUUAAAAAAAAAAAUGUAAGAUGGGGCGGGAAGGCAUAUUGGUUUGUACUUGCCCUCCAAUGCCAUUAGUUGCCCGAGCAAGUGAUUUAAGGAGUUAUAGAGUAAUGAUGCAAAGCAGCAUUUUUCUAAAAGGCUCUGGUCGGAUGUGUCGCUGCUAAACGUCCAUUAACAAGUGAUUUGUGAGGAAGCUCUUAAAAGCAGUGAUUGCACAAAGUUAGUUCAUUCCUAAGGUGUUCUGUAAGAGUGGAGCUACUUUUACAAUAACGUGUUCUUUAUAGACCAGUCAUCCAGCAGAGUUUAUAAAGGUUCGUACAGCAAAGUGAUGUAAUUCAUUACAACACAGGUUAGGUACAAAGCUGUACUGAAUAUAAAGGCAGAGCAAAGAGAAAGGGCAACCAUGGUUACAGAAUAUCUGAAGUGGGAGAAAGGCUCUGAAUAUAUAUAUUCUUUCACAGCUGGAAAAUCAAUAUUUAAAAAAAGUGUAUCUGCAAUAUUACCACGUUUCCAAUUUCAUAUUGUUAAAGAAACAUAUUUGAGAUAUUUGGAGUAAUUGAUUUAACAAGGAAUUGCAGAGAUUCGACGAUGGAAUUGUGAAUUUUUAGGCCAAAGUAAUUUGUCUCGUUAGGAAUUGUGACUUAAAAUUAGCGUUUUUUUUUUUCAAUUCCCACCUUAGCGAUUAACACUGAUGGUUUUUUAGCUUUGCAUAGUUAUGUGUUGCAGUGUCUCGUAGUUCUCAUGUUAUAUGAGUAGAAUAAUAGCCGUGUGUGGCAAUGUGUUUAAAGGAAAAAAAAAUUCAUUAAAGGCAAAAAUAGUUGAUAGAGGAGAAAUAUUCACCUCUAUAUACGUAGCUACACUAUUUCAAUUGCCAUUUUCAUCUCAUUGUGACCAUUAAAUGAAUAAACUUGUAUGCAAAAGCAUUAUUAACAAAAUAGAGGUACUAAUGUUACAUCUAAAUAACGAAAUAUCUUUAAAUUUAUGUUAGGUUUGUAAUUUCUGGAAUACUUUUAAGUGUAUAAUAUUGAUCCAUUUCAGGCUCUUUCCCAAUCCAUAUCAAAAUAAAAUAAUGAUUUUAAUGUACGUAAAAUCAGACUGGUUUGUCUUUUUGAGAGAUGUGAUCAUUUAGCUGGAUUAAGGAGCACGUGGAUAUGGAAGGGAUCCAAAAAUUAUGGUGCCAUAGGAGGACAGAUAUGUACCAGGUGUCACUGCUUUGACACUAUGGGGUCUGCUCUGUGUUUAUUAUGCUUCAUUAUUUAGGGUAGUCUUUAAAGGAACACUCCAAACGCCUAUAGGACUUUGGUUUACGGAAGUCCUUUAUAUAUGAAGAGUGAGUCCUCUUUCAUCGAUUUACAAAAAGGGCAUAUUUAAAUAGAAAUUGGCACUUUUAUAAAUUAACCUUGCUACAAACCCCUUCUCUACCCUCCCCCUGCUGUCAAUCAGACAGUAGGUCCUGUUACUUCCUGGUUUGGUUAGCUCAGUAGAGCUAAACUCAAGAGGCAGCAAUUGCCCAGAGCACCUGCCUUGCAUGGACUUCUCAUUGAGCUGCAUUGGGAAGUCUGUGAUUGGACAGCCACAGAAAAUCUGGCUGGGAUUAGAAUGGCUUGCAAAGGCAACGAUUAUAAACUGUUUUUAGAUAUACCCUCAAUGAACAAAAUGCAUAAUUAAAUGCAUGCAUGUUUUCAUUGGGGUAUAUUUACUAUAUUGUUUAAUAAUAAUUUUUUUUUACUUUGGAGUGGUCCUUUAAUAACCUUUUACCUAUAUUUGUAGAAGAUAGUCCGUGUGUAGUUUCCAAUUGGAGCAUUGUCAUCUCCAGGGGAUAACAUGCAGGGGCAUUUUAGCCGCGAGGCAAACAAGGCAUUUGCCUUGGGCGGCAUUUUCCAGGGGGCGGCAAAAAAAGCCACUCCCCAAAUGCCCUGGGCAAAUGCCUAACUGACCGGCCGGGCGGCGUUGACAGGCAGCUGUCUGCUCAGCUCCCUCGCGCGCCUCAGAGGGAGGCUGGGAGUCGGAAUAUGACAUCAUCAACCCGGCUCCCAGCCUCACUCUGAGGCGCGCGAGGGAGCUGAGCAGACAACGCCGCUCGCCCAUCAGCCACUGGACCCCAGGGAGAGAGGGAACCCCCCCCCCAGCAUUCCCAAAGGUAAGGAGGCUGGGGGGGCUUAAAAAAAUGAAACUGUUAAUGUGAGUGAGUGUGUGUAUGUCUGUUAGUGUGUGUGUGUGUGUGUGUCUGUUAGUGUGUGUGUGUAUCUGUUAGUGUGUGAGUGUGUGUCUGUUAGUGAGUGUGUGUGUGUCUGUUAGUGUGUGUGUCUGUUAGUGUGUGUCUCUUAGUGUGUGUGUGUCUAUUAGUGUGUGUGUGUCUAUUAGUGAGUGUGUGUGUGUCUGUUAGUGUCUGUUUGUUUCUGUGUGUGUGUGUCUGUUUGUGUGUGUGUGUGUCUAUUACUGUGUGUGUGUGUUCGCUGUGUGUGUGUCUGUUAGUGUGUCUGUGUGUGUGUCUAUUAGUGUGUCUGUUAAUGAGUGAGUGUGUCUGUUAGUGAGUGUGUGUCUGUUAGUGAGUGUGUCUGUUAGUGUGUGAGUGAGUGUGUCUGUUAGUGAGUGUGUCUGUUAGUGUGAGUGUGUCUGUUAGUGUGUGUGUGUUUCUGUUAGCUAGUGUAUGCGUAUCUGUCAGUGAAUGUGUGUGUGUAUUUUAGAAGGUUGGGUGGCACGGGGGGGAGAGGGCGCCUGAGUUUUGUCCUGCCUAGAGCAGCACAAAACCAGGAUACACCACUGAUAACAUGGAAACGUAUUGUCCAUUUCGUAUAUGUCUGCUGUUCACAGCAAUAAUAUAUAUUUUUCCAUUCUUUAUAACCCAGCACCUCAUGGGUAGAUGGCCCUCAUAUUCUACAGAAUGAGAAUGAUUAAUAUUACACAUUGUUAAUGGAAAAGUAGGUCUAUACAUUUUUAACCAAGUGAACCAUGUGAUCUGGAAUCUCUUGCAAAUUAGAUGUUGUUAUUGCAUUUAAUUUGUGUUUGUGUCCCCAGAUCUUUCCCCCUUCCACCUGCAGCCUGAACCUCAGACUGUACCAUAUAACAGCUUGGCGAGGUUUGAGUGUGGCAUUAGUGGGGAACCCCCACCAGAAAUUACUUGGCAGAGAGACCAGGCUCCAAUCCCCAACAAUCCGAGGUAGGUGAUUCAAGACUUUCUCUUGUGUAUAAAUGUAUCAUAGAAUACAAUGGUAACUAGGUGUCGUGUAUAAAUGUGUUUAGAAAUCAGUUUGUGCAAAUAAAACAUUUUAUACUUGUAAUUUUCUUACCGAUUUAUAAAUGUCAGUUGAUACCCGCCUAAACACCUUGGAUAUUGACUACCGAUAACAUCACUUCCAGCUCCUCUCUAAAACGUAUGUGUGCCCUUUUGAAAUUUUGGGAGUUAUGUUGCUGAGGCAGGAUUUUUCCAGAGCAUUAAGGGUAACUUCAUAACACACAAUUUGCACUCUAUAUACAUAAUCUGUCCAAAAUCAAAGAAAUUUCUUUAAAAAAAACAAAUUUUAUAACAUAAACAGAAGAUAUGAAAACUCUAAGAAUGGACAACAGCUUCGAAAAACUCAGUAGCUUGCCAUUUGGUAAAUCCCCGAUCAAGUCUCAAAAAAGGUUUUUGCUAACUUGUGCCAUUACAGAGAAAACCAGUUCCAAGGCAUAUCAGACUAAUCCCACCCAUAAGGGUAGUCUAGAACUGAAAUGCCUGUAAGUUCUCUAUGCACAAUAGAUACAACAACCCUGAAGAAUCGUUUCGGCCUUCUUUAGGCCUUGUCAGCGAGAUGUAGCUGAUAUCCCUUCUAAACAUAUGCACUUCAGUCCAUAUACACAUUGCCAUCAGUUUUUGUGUGGUACCCUUUUACAUACCAGCCAUUCUAAACUCCUGGUAAUGGUAAUGUAUUUGUAUCUAAAUGCCAGUUUAUGGGAAGAUGGGGGUGUAUAAUCUAUGCUUCAGAUUCUCAUUGUUUUUAUAGGUUGCUGAGCCUUCCCACUGGUGUCCUGCAGAUUUUGGAAGUGCAGGAACAUGAUGUAGGUUUAUACCGCUGUGUGGCAAGCAAUGCUUUUGGCACCAAAUACAGCAACGAGGUUCAGCUGUCCAUACUCCAAGGUAUCAGCUGGAUUUUGAAAUUUGUUUUUUUUACAAACGCUAUGAUACCUACAAGCCAGCCCCAGUCCAUUACAGGCCAUUGCUUGUUGUUGUUUUCAAUGAAGAAAGAUAUUUUUUGAGAAAUUACUGAUUGCAAUGAAUGGUAUACCUCUUAUUAGUGGUGACUAGCAUUGGUAUCUAAACUACACUUCCUUUAAUGCAUUAAAGGAAAUAAAGUACACAUACACAAGUUGAUUAGAUAACUCUGACCUGUAAUAUUUCAGAAACCAGGUAUGUAGAGUUUUGACCAAUAUGUAAGUGGCCACCACUGACUGCUAAGUUUGUUCACUGAACUGUAAAAUGCUAGUAUUUUACAUCAAAACACCCAAAACACCCGGCUAUUUUGGAUUAAAAUUUCUAAUUCCGUUGCCAGUUCUCCACAGUUUCCAGUUUAGUUAAAUAAUAUAUUACAUUAUGUUGUAGUAUACAACUCCUUGGACUAUGUAUAUUGGGGGAUGUAAGUCGCUAAGUAUUUUCCAGAUUUGUAAUUCUACUAGCUCCUUUUUUUUUUUUAAAGAGUGGAUUUAGGGAAGUUCCAAUAUUUAUGUUAAUGGUGAAUGUGUUGAAAUGUACCUGUUCUUUACAAUAUUCUGCCUUCAACGGCAGUGAAGUAUAAUAUAAUAAACUAUCGCAUAUGACACAUGACACGUAACAUUCGUUUUUUCCUGUCCUUCGCCUCUCAUUAACUAGCUUCAUGCUCCUAUGCAGAUCUGGAACUAUCGACUGAGGAGCUGACCAUCACCCUACCUCCCCAAAAUGUGACAGUGGAAGUAGGUCAGAGUGCAGUUAUGGAGUGCAGUGCUGAGGGAAGUGGGACAGCUUUGAUCUCAUGGAUUCGGCAGGGUAAGUAAUUUGAUUGACUGCUAGUCUGGGCGAACAGCAGUUUGCAAGUUGACUCAAUGUUAAUCAGGGCAUUUAAUUGUGUUCAACAAUCGCAGCCUAUCAUUGCAAUCCAAAACUGCACAGCUUUGGACAGAUGAAGUAGAACUGAAUCUUCUACAUCAGCUCAGAGGUUGCAGAAGAACCCGCAGUUUGAUUAAAAAAUGGGCUAUACUAAAUUUCUGAUAGAAUCAUAACCACAACCAUGCCUUACACUGUUCCAUAAUGACUUUGGGUAAUCCAAACUAUGGGCUCUCUUUGUUAACUUGUAAAGUGAAAUAAAUUGACAAGGGAACUACACGGUUUAAGUACAAACAGAAGAGUUAGACAAUGUUUACAAUUCAACAAUAUGAGUCUAAAAAAUGCAUUUCCCAUGUUAAUUUGACACAUUUUCCAGUUUAGUGAAUAACUCCAUAUGUGUCUAUUUGAAGUGUAACUCAACCUUAAUAUGCGUUUAGAUAUAAUAUAAAUAGACAUAAAAUAGGCUAAUAAUCCCACUUCGGAGUCUCAUCUAAUGUAAAUGCUGUCUCUCUUUUAUAGACGAUAUGCCCAUCUCUGCUGAUGUCAUCAUACUGGGAGAGGCCAAUCUCCUAAUUCCACGAGCCCAGCCUUAUCAUGGAGGGAUUUACAUAUGCCGAGCCAACAAGCCUCUUAGCAAACAUUUUGUCACAGCCGCAGGGCAGCUUCGUGUAUUGGGUGAGCAGUAUUUUUUUGCAAAGAAAAUGCACCACUGAAACGUCAACCAAUCAGAAUAUGACCAGAACUCCAGUGAGAUUAUAAUGUAAAUAAUGCACUAGACAUGACCGCAAAACCAGUAAACAUGUCGUAUACAUCCUGCAUAAUUAAUUUAAGUGCCAGAGUAAGUAAUGCACUGCUAUACCCCUCUGCUUGCUCUUAAACAGAAUAUCUAGUUAAAGUGCAUCAUCAUUGCAAUACAGCUUCAGAGCACACUGGCAAACAAAGGGUGUAAUGAAAGGCUAGUUUAAUCUGUCAAAUGAUUUGUUACUCUGGAUAUGUUGCAUCUUUCCAUGUGUUUUACUGGGUUAUUCCAUAAACCUAGAAUUGUAAAUAAAUGUUAAAGUUAUGCCAGAUUACCCUUCUCAGUACCAGGGGUGGAGGGUUGCACACAGUUUUAAUCACUUAACUGAGAAAAAAAGAGUUGUAAAAUAUUGAGGAGUUAGUGCACACAUACCGAUAUAGCUCACAGUGUGUUAUUUGAAUGGGUCAUUACUCACAACAGUUAGGCAUUACAUAACUUUACUGCAAUAUGCAAAAUGAGGUAGCAAGCAUUCUGUCAGGCUCCCAUGCUAUGUAUAAUUGGCUGCAUGCUGAUGCUAUGGCUUGGUUAUAUCAUUCUCUCCUCUGAUAUUAUUCUUGUUUGUUUGUUUUUUUAGUCCCCCCAGUUAUCAUUCAGGUGCCGGAGACAAUAACAAGGGCGCGAGCUGGCACUGCUCGUUUUGUGUGCAGAGUAGAUGGGGAUCCAGAGCCCACAAUCUCCUGGUUAAAGAAUGGGCAUACACUACACUCCAAUGGGCGAGUGAGAAUUCAGGCCAGUGGCAGCCUGGUCAUUACACAGAUUGCUCUGGAGGAUGCAGGCUAUUACCAGUGUGUAGCAGAGAAUGGCCUUGGUAGGGCAUGUGCCACUGCAAAACUGUAUGUGACGGUGCACCAAGGUCUGCCUGGACCACCGCAAGCAGUGAAGGCAGUGGCCAUAUCCAGCAGGGCAGUGACUGUUAACUGGGAGCAACCAGAGAGCAACUCGGAAAGGGUCAUAGGAUUCUCUCUUCACUACACCAAAACUGGAGGUAAGUCUUCUAAUGUUCCAAAGCACGCAACUGGCUUAUGGCAGUCGACAAAAUUAUACAAAACCUCACAAAAUCCCACAAAACAUCACUAAAGUAAUUCUUUAAGAAAUAUGAUUAAAAUAGCAGCCAAACAUCCAAAGCACUGAAAUAGAAAAACAGAAAGAUGGUAGCAAAAUUUUGUGUAGGAUAGCAUUAAAUCUUAUGCAUAUUGAACACGUGAUAAUUGAAGAAUUUUAAAGCAAACAAAGAUGGUAAAUUAUUUGACUUGUAAAAAGUGAGAACACCCAUAUUAACCCCUGUAAAACAUUACAAUACUCACAUCAGGAAUGAACGCAUGAACUGAAGAAAAAAUAUAUAUUUUAAGAUCUGCUGGAAAAAGAAAGGAAUGGUACAAAAUGCACUGGAACAAUAUGUUUACGUGUUUUUAGAGACACAUUCUGUGGACCAUAUGGGAGAAGGGCACCAUAUGUGGGAAAAAUAUUACAAAGACAAAGAAAAUGCCAUCUCUCCACAGCAAAAUGGAGAUCGGUAUGGAAUAUGCUGAAAGACGUUAGACUAAUGUUACUAUAAUCUGCCAGGAUCUCUUCUUUUUACUUAAAUCACUAGUGGGGGACAAAAACAGAGAAUAUGCCGGCAUUUCCUCUCUGCAUAAGAGAUACAACAACCCCAGAUGAUCGUUUCAGCCUUUUUUGGGCCUCAUCAGCGAGAUGUAGCUGAUACCCCUGAAGGAACAGUGAGCACAGGGUCCACGUCUAAAUUUCCCUUUCAACUUUGGAUGCAUUUGCUUAGGCUCUCCAUAAGUUUAAAGGUAAUUUAGACGUGGAACCCGUGCUCACUCUGCCUAGAUGGGUAUCAGCUAGACCUCGCUGAAAAGGUCAAAGAAGGUCAAAAUGAUCGUCCAGGAUUGCUUUUUUCUUCAUGCAAGAGGACUUGCUAGUUCUGUACUACCCUUAUGUGUGGGAUCAGUCUGAUAUACAGAUGGUAUGGGUUCUCUUUGUAAUAGCACAAGUGAGCAAAAACAUUUUUUAAACCUGACUUACAGUAAUUAAAGUUGUAGUCUACAGUAGCUGGAAUCCAGCUGUUUCAUUUCCUGGCUUACCAAUACUUUUGGACCAGACUGGUUUAAUUGGCACUGUACUUCUCUUGUUACCACAAAAUAUUAUGUUAAACCCACCUGUCUUUGUCAGGCUACAACAAUAUGGAGUGCUGAAUACUGAUGUUAACUGCAUAGUUUUCGACUAAAUACUAUGGUAAACUUAUCCUUUUCUUCCAGGAUCUGAAAAUAUGGAGUAUCAGUUUGCCGUCAAUAAUGACACCACAGAAUUUCAUUUGAGAGACCUAGAACCUGCAAGCAAUUACACUUUUUAUGUGGUUGCUUAUUCCCAACAGGGUGCAAGUCGCGCCUCACACCCAGUCACCGCACAGACCUGGGAUGAUGGUAUGGAACAAAAUGCGUUGAAUUUAAAUUGGGUUAUAUACAAAUAGGUUUAGCAAGAACCUGGGAAACAAGAAAAGCAGGGAACACUGAACAAAAGUUUUAAGUGCAUUAUGUUAUGUAGUAAAGCUUAAUAGAUUUUGAGUUGAUAGAUGUGGAAAAGCAAUGUAAACAGGAACUUUACAAAAGUGUGAAUUCAUUUCUUUGAAUAAAAGUAUGUAUGAUAUUGUGAAGAAGGAGAUGAUCUGCCUUUGUGGGUUGUACAUGCAUUUUUGCGCUCAAUAGUAUUUCCGUUUAUUAAUAGGUGCCUUUUUGUACUACUUGCAUUGUCUGCAUUCAUUUAUUAAUUAGUUAUUAAUAAAGUAAAGCAAAAAAAUAUAUUUAAAGCCGUUUAACUAGUCAUCAAGUGAUUGUUUGCUCACUAAAAAAAUUGAAUUAAAAACAUUAAAAUAUACCUUAAUACAGUAUUUAAUUUUUUUUUUUUUAAAGUUACGAAUAUCCUCUGAGAUAACUUGAAAAAUAUGUUUGAUUCCCAAACAUUUGCUUGAGACACCCCAGCAAUUUCAUGUCACACUUUAAUUCCAUGCAGAAUAUUCCUAAUAUUUGUACACCUCGUUAAGGUACAGUCAUAUCUCGUUAGAAUGAACAAGGUCUGCUGCUAAGUGAAUUUAUCAGAUAUAGUACAUGGAGUGAAACUGUACAUGGAAUGGUAAAGGUGCCUGCUGGAAAAGUUUGGAAAUACAAACACUAUGCAUCAAAAUGACAACCAUCAUCUGCCUAAAGCACAAUUGUCAAGUGGUCUAUGUCCAGGGUCACAGCUUGUUGCCCAUAAAGGAGCCCUGGCUAAUGGAACCUAAGACAAUUAAUGAUUUUUGGCAUCCUGGACACCUGGGACUCCAAUACAAGGCUGACCCUGCCCUAGUAUCUCAAAAACUAUUCUAACAGUUAGUCUACUAAUGUGUCCUAAAGAGUCCUAAAAAUGUAACAAGGCAGGGAAAGAAAACACAAUUUCAUAUGUAUUAGUUAGCAAUAUAUUAGAGACACCCAUAAACUUAUUGUAGUUGUUAUGGUGCAAAUCAGUCUUUGGGAGCACACAAUAAUUUUUAAUGUGAAAUGUCACUUUCACAUUAUCUGUACUGUCAAGAUACAUACUACAGGCCUCAAAAUUUCCACUUGCCCACUAGCUACUGGCAAGUGAAAACUUACUGUGGCGGCUGAGUAUAAAUUCACCCCUGGAGAGGGUGCAAUGCACCCCCCAGGCUUGCAGUGGCAGGUAACUUUUAGGCCUGGUUAGUUGUGUUGGACGUUUGAGCUGUGAUGUAUAGCAUGAUUGCUUUUACUUCAAUGUGGUCAUUUUGUUUUCAGAGCAUUUAGAGACUCUGCUCAGAUAAAUGGAUUGCAUUGGAUUUUUAUUAGUGUUUGUGAAGAUGUUUGCUCAGUAGCACAAUCAAAAUAUGAUAAGAAUGUCUUAAUAUAAAUGUCUUUUAUAUUAUAUGAAAUAGCACACUGAGAUGAGCUCAGAUAUGUAUGCAAAAGGUAAGGGUUUUGCCAGUUAUGAAUUGUAUACCUCUCAUUGAUCCAUUUAAAAUCAAAAAGUCCUCCAUAUGAAUUCAGCUGAUCAGUAAAAAGAAAAUUCACACAUAAGGAUAAAAUAUGGCAUCCCCCAGCCUACUUGAUACGUGGAAGUUUUUUCCUUAAGGGGAAAAAAGGCAUGCACCCUGUUCAAAUGUUCUUUUAAUAUAACUAAAAUAAAAAUGUGAAUGCUUCUUUAACUGAUCAUCUGAGUGUGGUAACAGUAACAUUUUUAGUAUGCCAGUAGUAUAUAUUAAUCUCAUUCUUUUGAUCCAACUCUGUCAAUUAGUUCCCGCUGCUGCGCCCUCUUUGUCUCUGAUCAGCGACUCCCCAACUGAUAUCCACGUCAGCUGGCUUCAUCUCCCCUCGGAGCUUAGCAAUGGGCACAUUAUAAAAUACCGCAUUGAAUACUACACCCAGCGGGAGGGUAUGUGUGCUGCUUACUGUUAUUGCAAAGCUAUCGCUUCGAAGUUAUGUGCUGGUUCCACAUCAGGUUUACUGAACAGCUGUAAUGAAAUGUGCAAUGAGGACUCUGGAAAAUAAUCAGAAAAUUUAUAUUGCAUUUCACAAACUCCAACAAUGCCCUAUUCUGACAUAUUACAUUCAUAAUAGUAUUACUCUGCCUUAAAUGUGUUCCAUAGAAUUACAUUUUCACAUGGAGGUAACAUCUGUUAUACCUUGUGUUGAGUAACUUUAUUAUGAUCCUGUGAAAAAAGUAUAGUGUGAAAUUAUUUAAUUUGAUUUUCCCAGUAAAGAUAUUUCCUUGUCUAUGUACAGAUGUUAUCACCUCUGUGGACAUUGGUGGGAAUGAGACGCAGGUCACACUUAGCCCAUUGCUGCCAAACAAGAUGUACAAAGUGCGGAUCUCGGCUAGCACGUCGGCAGGAUUUGGAACCUUCUCUGAAUGGAUUCAACACCAAACUCCAGAUCUGGACAAUCAGACACAAGGUCUGAGGAAAUGUUCGGUGAUGCUGGGUGUAAACACUCUGGCUGUGUGCAGUUCUUGCAGUUAGUUGCAUUGUGUGAUAAUUCAAGUGGGCCUUGCCAGACUUGGAUGUUCCGAAUUUCAUAUACCUAGGUGUGAGCAUUCGUUAUGGUGUCUAGUUAGGUGUGAACAGUCAGUAUUGUGUCUAGUUAGGUGGGAUUAUUCAGUAUUUUGUUUAGUUAGGUAUGACCAUUGAGUAUCGUGUCUAGUUAAAUGUGAGCAUUUAGUAUUGUGUCUAGCAAGGUGUGAACAGUCAUUAUUGUGUCUAGUUAGGUGAGAUUAUUCAGUAUUGUGUCUAGUUAGGUGAGAUUUUUCAAUAUUUUGUUUAGUCAGAUAUGACCAUUGAGUAUUGUGAGCAUUUAGUAAUGUGUCUAUCAAGGUGUUAACAUUCCUAAUUGUGUCUAGCUAGGUGUGAGCAUUCAGUGUUCUUUCUAGCUCAGUGUGAGAUUUUAGUAUUUUGUCAUAGAUAGUAGAUGUGUCCUAAAGUGCCUCUAAUGAGUUUUUGUUUUAAACAAAUUCCCAAUACAUUAGAACUGCUUUCAGGACGGUAACAUAUUUAGCCCAUAUGUGACACCAUUUGAAGAUCUCACGUGUGCAGUUUGGCUGUGGAGAUGGGCUCCUUGGAAUUGUCUCACCAAAUCCUCAGUAACUUUUACUGUUAAAAAAUAUAAAUCCAAAACAAGAGUGCACGUCAUGAUGGCUUCCAAUUUGCUGAGUAGUUCCCAGAAUUCCACUGUGUAUAAGCCUGGCAGUUUAUCCAAGUCAAGAAUCUUAAAUUCACCUAUUUUUUUCUGUAAUUUUUACUUCUGUGUUUAUUUCAUAUUUUCUAACAGUGCUUGUCCAAGAAAAAAAAGAUACUAGCUAGAAAUGUUUGAUUUCCUUUUCAUUAAUAAUGAAAAGAACAAACUGCUGAAUAGAUAAAAAAUUAUAAACAAAAGCACAUGCGCUCUUAAAAAAUAAAUAAAAUAUAUAUAGAUUGUCUGAUGGCCUCACUGUAACUGUCAAAGCUAUUCCAUGAGGGAUUUAUAUGGUCAGUUUUGGACACAACCUCAUGAGAAAAUCUACAGAAAAAAUUUAGACAAUGAUAUUUGUUUUUCUUCUGCUUUGCUUCCCUUUGUAUAUGCAGUCGAUCAAUCACCAAUGCAGUUGAAAGUAAGUGCCCACACCAAUUCACUUUCUCUCAGCUGGCAGCUUCCCCACAGCGAGCACUUGGUCUCUGGUUUCAGGCUGUAUUGCCGCAUGGUGUGUCCUUCUCUGGAGUUGGGUGGGCCUUGCUCACAGCAUGGGAAGACCUGGGACAUGGGACCAAUCAAACUGAAGAAGAGGCGAAGACAAUACGAAAUAACUCAGCUGAGUAUGUUUUCUAUUUUUUAAAACUCAUUGACCCUAUGAUAGGACAUACAAGGCUAUUUUACUAACUUAUCAUUAGGACUUAUAUACUUAUCUGUCUGACCACUCAGUAGAGCAAAUACAACCAUCUUACACCGAUCCAACCAUGUGACAUGCAAGGCUAGACUAUAUGACAUAGACCUCUCUAUAUGAUACAUAGCAAUCCUACAAACUAACAUAACUUUGGUGUGAUUUACAAGUUUCACUUAAUGGCAUCUCACCGCUUCUUUAACAGAUUUCAUCUUCUAUCUUAUGUAAUGUAGGUGUGACUUGUUAAGAAUUCAGAUAGAAUUCCAUGUUUGAGGCUAAGAAAGCCAAAAUGUUUGUAAGUUUGGCUAUUUGUCGCCUGAAAUCUGACAUUCACAACAAAUCAUACGUCAAUGAAUAUCUCUGACAGUGUAGGAUUGUGUAUAGGCUACCCCUAUUAUUAGCUACUUCCCAAAUCCUUGACAUAACUUAUCUGUUUGGCAGUGCCUGGGCAGCUGUACCAAGUCAAGCUGGUAGCAUACUACAAAAAGCAAGAAGGACAAACAGCAGUUUGGGAAGGGAUAACCAAGCAAUUACCAUCCUCACCACCAGGUAGGUAGUUUUACGGGAGCGUAUUGUGUUAGCUAUCCACACUACUUUGCAUCACUUCACUUCAGCAAUAAAAUAGUUAACAUAGGUUACUAAUAUAUCAAAUGAUGUUAUAGACGUGCAUACCUCUUUCUACUGCAGACCUUAUGAAGCAGAAGAUUCCCCCAAUGCCUCCAACUCACAUAGAGGCUGAUUCCAAUAGCUCUACUUCGGUGUGGUUAAGGUGGAGGAGGCCACCUUUUGCUGGCAGCAAAAUUGUAAACUACACGGUGCGCUGUGGCCUCCUGGGAGCCAAAAACAACUCACUAACCACGUAUCACAGCAGGUAACAAAAGGACCAUACUUGCCUAUGACAUAAUCAUCCAGAAACAAAAAUAAGAGUUCUGGCACUUUCUAUUACAAUAAAUUGUUUUACAUGUUGAGAUUUGUUUCAUUCAUGAGUUAUAUUGUUUCAUUGUUCUCAGUCUCACCGAGGAGAUUCUGAUCUCUGGCCUGAAACCUUAUACCAAGUAUGAAUUUGCAGUUCAGUCCAGUGGAAUCGGCAUUGAUGGCCCAUUUAGUAAUACAGUGGAGAAAAUGACACUUCCAGACAGUGAGUAAGAGAGAUUGAUGAAUUGAUUUUUUGUAUUUUGUUUAUUUUCUACAAUGCCUCUUAACACUGCUGAUUAACCAGUUUAGUUGGUAAAUGCUCCAACUGUAGUACUUAUUUAAACAUCACGGUAGCUUGUUUAAUUUCCAGCAUGCUUAGCUAAACAUUUCAUCUUGCUGAUGUUCACAAAACUUUAUAAUGUAUUACAUGUAUUUUUAUGUAUAAAUACUUUUAUACGAAGUGGUUUUUUUUUUAAAUUUUUUUUUUUGUUGCUACAUAUCUCCUGGAACAGCAAUAUAUGGUACAGUACUGUCAAGUACUGCCUGUAUUAUAGCAACACCUAAAGGUACAUUGGCACUUGUUUAAGCAAGAGUUAUAAAGUGAAAAUAAAAGCAAACUUAGUUUAAAGAUACUUACACUACGUAGAGAUGGAGUAGAAAUUGAUGGGUAACCAUGCCUAUAUAGGACAUUAUGGCUAGGGGCGAGACACUGCUAGGUUGGCAGCAAUCCUAUCACAAGACAAAGUUCUCUGACCUUCACUCAUGAUAAAUCCCAAAUAUUUUACCUCGGGAAAACAUAAUUGCUUUUUUAAGAGAAACCUUAUGACCACAAUCGGCCAUGUGUUGCAGUAGGUGAAGGGAAUCCUUAUGACAAUUGUCUUUAUCUGACUGCGCAGCAGACGGUCAUCCAUGUAUUGAAGCAACGUAGAGCUACAUGGGGAGGCCCGUGACUCAAGAGUCUUAUCGACCAUUGCUGAGAAGGCUGUGGAGGAGUCACAGUAGCUUUGGGGAAGUAGGCUCUAUGCUUAUUGACUGCCUCUGUAUGUGAAAGCAGUGGUUUUGUGUCAGGGUGUACAGGGAUCCUAGAAAAUGGAAUGGAAGUAAGAAGAGAAUUAACAUCAGUUACAAUAGCUGCCAGCGGUUGGACAAUAGAAUUAACCAUCCGCUAAUCUUGUGUGAACCUAUACUCAGCCUUGUUUGGCUUUGGGGCAGGAUUAAUAGGUCUAUUGUAUGGUGAGUGUGUUGGUUCAUUGAUGCCUUUCUGUAGUAACUCUGGUGUGACUGGGGCUAUGACUGCCUCCUUGUCUUGUGAUGGAGGGUAUUAAGUGUGCACAGAAGAUGCACCUGGUUUGAAAGUGGCCUAGUAUAGAGUGCAGGGUAUGUAAUCAGGGACAGUGGAAGAACUUUCCCAUAGAGCAUAUGACAGGGCACUGAGUGAGUUUGAUAUGGGAGAUGUGUCAAGUUAGCACUCCAUUGCCAUAUCCAUUGCCAUUUUAAAAUGUGCCAUUAAGUCAUGGCCAAGCAAAUUGACUGGACAGUGGAGGUGUUCUAGAACCUUCAUUGGGGGCCCCACUUACACCAAGAGAGGAUUCACUUGUAGGAAACAGGAACAUGGUAAAAUUUAUGUGACAAACUGGAUUUGGUAGCACCAGUGUAUAUAAGAAAAUCAUAGUAGAUUCCAUGAACAUGGAGAGUUACCAUGGGGAGUGUAUUCCACCUUUUUGAAAGCUGGGUUAACAAACAAGCUAGGGACUAUUGGUUAUUAUUAUAGUUGGGGUGGUAGUGAAAGUCAUAGGGGUAUUGUGGGGGGCAGGCUGGGUUUGUUAGGCAGGUUUUGUGUGAAUGGGACCAGAAUUUGGACAUUCAUUAUGCCAGUGACUGUGCUGACCACACUUAAAGCAUGCACCUCUCUCUUGCUGAUUGACUGGUCUAUCAUGCUGGGCUCUCAAUAAUCUGCUAUCUCUGCUUGCAUAUCUUCCUCUACUUGCUUCUCUGAAUCUGCCCCGUCCUCUAUUACCUCCUGAAAACAUCCUUUACAUUGCUGGGGAAUAUACCAGCUGCAUCAUUUUCUCUUAUAUCCUUUUCAAAAACUUGCACAGUCAUUCCAUAGCUGCAUUUGUCCAAAUAUAAUUAGCUCUGACUUCUGAACUAUCAUUCUGUGUUUUCAAAUGAGCAGAUACAUUUUCCCAAUCAAUAUCUUGCCACUUAGUAAUACAAUUCAAAAGAAACCUAUAAUCAGAACCACUCACUUGCAUUUCAGUAGUAACACUUUUCAAAUAGAUUAUUGCCCCAACAAGGUGUUUGACUGGAUCAGGGCAUUCUUUGGCUAAGGACACCCCUAUCUCCCACUAUCAUAUAUGUUAUGUGUUACACAUGGGCAUUGGGGAUCAAAUGAGGAGAUUUCCAGUUGCACCUUGGUUUUGGUCAGGAAUAUCACGGGAGGGUUAGAUCCUGCAGUAAUCAAUAUAUUAUCAUCAUCAUCGUCAUCAUCAUCAUUAAUUGACAGUUGCAAACUUGGAUAUAAUGGACCAUAAGGUAUACUACUGUGGCACCAGAGGAGGGUGUGAAGGUGUCUUAUUUGGCUCACACAUCCUGUAGGAUGAUAUCUUUACUCACACUUCUGCACACUUUGUCAUGUAUGACAUAUCUAAUUGCAGGUCUGGGGAUAUUGACCCCAUGCCGGAUCAUUUUAGCAUCUCCCAACUCCCUUAACCCCUCAAGGACCAAACCUCUGGAAUAAAAGGGAAUCAUGACAUGUCACACAUGUCAUGUGUCCUUAAGGGGUUAAUCAUAUCUAUAAACAGAGAACAAAAAACCUCCAUCUCUUGGUAAAGAGAAACUUUGCCCCAUACCUUCAGUCCACCCAGAUAUUAUCAACAAAAGGAGUACAAUAACAACCUCCUGCCACUCUACUUACAAUUUUUUUAAGUGUUUCAACUGGAAGUGGGGAAUGCCUUCCGAGGAUUGGAGACCACAGAUUGGGCCCGAGGACGUUGGGCAGACUGCAUAGAUGAAUGAGAUGGGAAGAUCUGUAGGACAGGUGUGAGGUGCCUGGGGUGCAGCUUCAGCCAGAAUUAUUCAAAGAGGCUGUCCAGAUGUGACAAGGCUCAGGACCUCAUUCCCUGUGCUGCUCGUGGAGACAUUGCUGGUCGCGUUAGGUUGGCUGCUUCUGCUGAUAAGUUGCUGGCAAUUCAUCACUACAGCUGGAGAGGGUGUCGGGAUAUCCCUCACCAGCAGAGGAGGGGGGAGAGCUGAAAGGAGAGACUGCAUGAGUAGUGGACAGAAUCAUGCUGAAGGAUCAGCCAACUCCCCCAGCGUAUGUAGGCCUCUUCUGGCCGCAAGUCUGCUCUCCAUUGAAGCCGCCGAUUUCGGUCUGGAUCACGGAUAGUGGCACCACUGUGGUGAUAAUACGGGAUAAUUCCGUAAUGUAGAAUUCAGGCUUGAAUCGAGCAAUUUAAGCUUUUUCAUAGCUUUUUACCUCAAAGCUCCCAAAAUGUGCAACCUGUCAGUGCGGCUGCAGACUCCACCCUCAUCCUAUCAGCUUUAAAGACAUUGUGAUCUCUGAAUGCAUUUACACACCUUGAUUGUCUUAGAGGGAAUGAGUAGCUGUUUUAGCUUAGCUAGACAACCAAGUAUAUUAACAACUUUUCAGGAAAAACACCAUCUUUACAUUUACAUAUGCAAGUAAUUUACUUAAAUAUUUGCAAUUUAAAUCCACUUGUGAUAUGCCUGUAUUUUAGAGAACGUCCAAGUUAUUCCCAUAGUAACAACAAAAAAAUGUGUACGCACAUCCCUACUAAAUAAAGACUUACAUCUUACACUUGUGACACAAGCAGUUUUACAUCUGGCUGCCACAUUUUGUGUGCGAAGGAAAACACAAACAUAAAUUCAGUUUUGCUGUGCUGGAGACAUUCAUUAAUAGGUCGUAUCAAUACGUUGGCAAAUUUUAUGGAAUGUAUACGAAGACAGCAACAAGUAACAAGAAAAAUCAGUUGUAGAAAAGCAUAAUGGACUGUGUGACUGCAAGAUGACAGAAAAUGAUCUAAAAGUGCUUUGAGUUAAAAAAAAAAAAAAGUGUGAAGCAAAUCUUGAAAUAGCCAAAGGUCUCUGGCAGUAGACCAUUUUUUGAUGAACUUCUGAGUCCAACCAUGUUCAAAGGCUGGAGAACCAUGGACCCAGCGAGCUUGGAGGGAGUUGAUGGCCAUCACAGUAAACAGUCUGAGACAUUUGGAGAUACAUUAAUUUAUUUAUUUUUGCCUGCUAGAGUGUUUGGGUGGUGGGGCAUGUUAUUGUAUUGUAUAGUUACAGGUUGGCAUGUGAGUGAUUCUAGAGGUAGCGUGGUAUCGGCAAAGGUGGGCAUAUAGGUGUUUAUAGUUGUGUAAGUUGGUGGCUAAGAGGAUGGUGGUUGUACAUAGUGGACAUUUGAGAGGUGGUGUGUAUAGAUGUGUAUCGGAGAGGCACAUGUGUAUAGGUGGGAUUAUGGAGCUGAUGAUUAUUGAUGGGUUUUUGGGGUGUUAGGGUGGAUAUGGGGAUGACUUUAACAGAUUUCUUGCUUCAUUUGGAUCCAGCUGAUAUUACACAGAAGAGCAUGAAUCACUGAAUGAUACACUUGCACUCAUACUCACUCUGGAGGACCAACAGGAAGCUUCAUCUCCUUCCAUCACACUCGAUUCUUCAUCUGUUCCUGUUGAAAGAGCAUCAGGCUCUAUGGAACCCGCAGCUUUUCCUAUCAAUACUGGUCUUCUUGAGCUUACUAGCAUUUUUAUAUUCACAUGAUUAUUAAUUUCAUGUUAGAAAUUGUACAUGGUUGAAAUUGUAUUCUUGCAAUUGUAACACCGCAGUCAAUAACGGGAAGUUGAACAGCUGUUUUGGAUUUUCAAAAUUGAUAAUGCAGAGAUGUUGCAGAACUAGAACUUCCCUGAGAUUUCUCUGGCUUUGCAUUUAAUUCUAAACCCCUUCAGUAACAUGCAGUUUUUGUUUGAAUAUUAGCGUAAUAUUUAUUUGAAACAUAGGAUGCACAGCUAACAUAUAAACAAAACGUAGGAUAAAGUUUUGUGCAUUGGGUGAUGUUGAGACAAACAUAACAAUUAAAUUUAUGCAAAUUUACACCAUUUAUUUUUCUUCAUUUAUUCGUUUACCCUUUUUUGAAAUAUUAGGGCAAUUUAAAAUGUUAUACUAUAAAUGAGUCACACAGAGUCUGGAAUAUUCGUAUAAAAUCAAAAUUACAAUUAUUGUGCUUAACAGAUGGUGGUUUAAUGAGUGGCAGAACUCUCAUAGAAUUCAACCGCAUCCCAGUUCACCAUCAUUUAAAGGGACAAUCCAGGCACCCAGACCACUUCUGCCCAUUGUAGUGGUCUGGGUGCCAACUCCCACUACCCUUAACCCUGCAACUGUAAUUAUUGCAGUUUUCAUAAACUGCAAUAAUUACCUUGCAGGGUUAAGUCCUCCCCUAGUGGCUGUCUACUAGACAGCCACUAGAGGGCACUUCCUGGUCCAUAGCACAGGUUUCCUGUGCUAUAGCGUCGCUGGACGUCCUCACGCUGUGUGAGGACCUCCAGCGUAGCUAAAAUCCCCAUAGGAAAGUACUGAAAAGCAUUUUCAAUGCUUUCCUAUGGAGCAUUAGACCUCUCCCCCGCCGGCUGACGUAAUGAAGGGGAGGAGCGGCGGUGGAGGAAGAAGCAGCGACGAGGGACAUCGUCGCUGGCUUUGGUAAGUGACUGAAGGGGUUUUCACCCCUUCAGCAACCGGGGAUGGGAGGUGGGAGGGAGAGUGUUUUCCUGGCAAUGGAGAGUCCCUUUAAGCCCAUGUUGGACCUACGAUACGGCUGAACUGUCUUUGAAUAUGCUUCCAGUCACGUGCUACUUUGGACUUAAACGUGAAAUUCACUUUAAAUUUAUAGUUAAAUAGGCUGCAAAAAGACUUCGGUCCAUUAAGUUCAACCUUUCUCCCAUCUAUUUCCUCUGUUAAUCCUAAAGAAGACAAAAAAACCCAGUGUGAAGCUUUUUCCAAUUAUGCAACAAACUAGGGAAAAAAUCCCUUCUCGACCCCAGAAUGACAGUCAGAAAAUUGCACAGCAUAUUCAAGGUCUGGCCUUAUAAUUGAUUUAUAAAGGGGCAAAAUUGUAUUUUCAUCUCGAAUUGUCUUUCCACUGUAGUGCAUGGCACAGGUAAUAUCUCUAAAAAUAUUACCUCAGAGGUGGGUUUGUUCAGUUUAUUUUCUAAUUUCCAGAACUAGUUCUUCAUGACUCUUUAUAAGAAUUCUCACUCACUCUGAGUUUACUAACUAAACGUGUAUCUGUUGCUAAUUGUAAUGUAGUACUUUAUCACUAGGUGGCAGUGUAUACAAGCAUAACCAGUCUAUAUUCAACUAUAAUAGACUUUGUAAAAUCACAAUCACUGCAAUAUUGAGACUAUCCAUUUAUCUACCCAUGUAUUGAUCUAUCUAGCCAUCACUGCAGAAAAACCUGCAGAUUCGUUCAUUUUAAAAACAGCAGAUUAAGUUUUUGUAGGAUUUCUUUUUUGUCUGUUAUACCAGUAUUGGAGGCGGUAAUGACCAUUAGCUCCGAAAUAUCAGUGUUACAAAACACAAGAGUGUUAAGACAUUAUUAUAGAUAUUAUUGGUGCCCACGAGACAUGUUAUGCGUUUUGGGGGAAAAAGGCUGUGUUUAAUUUUUUUAGCACAUACUGUAACAGAAGUUCUGUGGUGUGAUAAUUUCUACCAAAAUCUUCAGAUAAUUGUUUUUCCGAGGAUAAUUGAAAGUAGUGACAUAGCAUGAUAUAUAUGGUAUUCAGAUCAUCAGACCCCCAUCCCCUCCCCAUACCAGAACUGUGCUUUCUUUACCAAUUUCUGUUAUGUAGCUUUUGAUUGCAAUCAUCAACAAAAAUGCCAAGCUUACUCAUUCAUAUUAUUCAUUAAUACUUUGAUGUCAAUAUCAUAUGAACUACACUGGAAAAAAAUAUAAAUGCAACACUUAUGUUUUUGCCCCCAUUUUUCAUAAGCUGAACUCAAAGAUCUUAGACUUUUUCUAUGUACACAAAAGGCCUAUUUCUCUCAAAUAUUGUUCACAAAUCUGUCUAAAUCUGUGUUAGUCAGCACUUCUCCUUUGCCUAAGGCACACCUGUGCAAUAAUCAUGCUGUCUAAUCAGCAUCUUGAUAUGCCACACCUGUGAGGUGGAUGGAUUAUCUCGGCAAAGGACAGGUGCUCACUAACACAGAUUUAGACAGAUUUGUGAACAAUAUUUGAGAGAAAUAGGCCUUUUGUGUACAUAGAAACAGUCUUAGAUCUUUGAGUUCAGCUCAUGAAAAAUGGGGGCAAAAACAAAAAUGUUGUAUUUAGAAUUUUUGCAGUGUAUAUAUGAAAGAAAACACUGCUCAUUUCAUAGGAAUAACUGACCAUGGAACUGGGGUUUGAGUUGAACGCAUACACUGAAAAGGUCCUUUGUAACUAUACGAAAUAUGACUUGUGACUUUUAUUUUUCUAACAAAAAACAAAAGUGAAGAGGAGCAUAUAUCAAUUAAUAAUAUCGAAUAUGACACAAACUGGUCCAUCCCUUUAGCAGUAAAAACAUAGUGGUGCUAAACGUAGAAAAAAGCAAUUGUUCAAAGUAGAAAAUAAAAUUAUAUCUCGCAACCAUUCAUGGUCUUGUUCUAAAUCUUCCUCUUCUCAUUCAUCUGUUUUUUUUUUUUUAAGGACCCUACUCGCCUCCUUCUGAUGUGGAGGUACACCCUGUGUCACAGUUUUCAGUUCAGGUACACUGGCGCCCUCCUAUGGAGUCCAAUGGAAUAAUUGUGCAGUACCUGAUCAUGUUCAGCUACAACAGCAGCUAUCCAGAUGAAAAGUGGACUGUUUUGAUCAAAGAAGGUGAGAGAUCACUUGUGAUCAUUGAUCACUAAUAAUCGUAAAGGAGCCAUACGUAAAAGCAGUUCCAAGAGCAAUAUCAUGUAAACCAAUGGAAUGAACUUACUGAUUGCUCCACUUUCAGAAUUAAUCAUGAUACAUAAUCUCAAUAUUUGCAACUUUGUACGUAUCAAUUAUGAUUUACUUUCUUAAAUUAAUAAAUUGUCAUUUUAUAUAUACAACUCUAAGAGUUUUUCUUCCUUUUUAAACUUUGUCAUCACCUUCCCCUUAUUGUGGUGAGGGUGAUUGUAUUUUCAAAUAUGGUGUUUUAUAUAUAUCAUUAGUUGCUGGUUAUUGGAAAUGUAUAAUAUAUAGAGCAAUUCACAGUAGUGAUAUAGCAUAGUCAAUUCUUUGCUUUCUAUUUCAGCAAUGUAAACACUGGAUUUUAUUUGAAAAGUAAACCUUUUCUCGCAAAAGGCAGUGUUUACCUUAGAAAUACUGCAAGGACAGGCUGUAGACAACAAAGCAACUACAGUAAGCUGUAGUGGUUCUGGUGAUUAUAGUGUCCCUUUAAGAAAACGCAUGCAUGUGUACCAUUUGUGGCAUGUACUGGGUGUGACGGAUUUCUGGGUACUGUUUCUGCAAGUUAAUGGAUAAUGUGUUCAUGAUUCGCCAUUGGAUCUAAUGAUAGGUCAGCACAUUGUGUAGUGAAUAUAUAAUACAUAUAAUGCUUGCAUAAUGGGUACUUCGCAGAAUUUGGAAUUAAUUAGUAAUCUGGUAUUUUGAAGGUAACGUUUUCAGCACAGAUGUGUCAGGUUUGCAAAGUGGGACCAAAUAUUACUUUAAGAUGGGAGCAAAGACUGUGUCAGGUUUGGGACCAUACUCCAGUUUGAAAGAAGUGGAAACUAUGCCAACACGAUCGCCGGGUACUGAAGGUUAGGCUUUCCAAAAUUCUUCAUAUACAUGUAUCCCCGGUAUAAAUCCUUCGCUUGCAUGUGUACCAUGAUUCCAUUCUACCACCAAUAAUAAUGUAUAUAUCUAUGUGUCGUAUACAAAAGGUAUUUCAACCAUUUUCUCUCCAAAGCAGAUGUCCUGGAUAUGAAUUCGGUAACUGGGAUCAUCGUGGGUGUCUGUUUAUGCCUUCUGUGCUUUCUGCUCUGUAUGUGUGCCAGCUUUCAGCAGGGAAAACAGAGGUACGCUGUACGCAAAAAAAUAGUCCUUUACUUCCUCUUGGUUCACAUGUUGUUGAUUUGAAUAUAUGAACACAACUAGUCAGAGAGCAUCAUAUAGCUAACCUUAUAACUCUCAUUAUCAGUUACAGUGAAGUCAUACGUAUUUGGACAGUAAUGCACAUUUUGUUAUUUUGGCUCUGCACUAGCAGACUCAAAAGUACCAAGUUUAUAUUGUUAGCAUUAAAUUGAGGCUAUUUACAUCUAAAAAUGAUGACCCUAUUAAAUAUAUAUAUAUUCCCUCCAUUUUAGAGGAAUAAAAGUAAUUUGUUUAAUUAAUAUAGUCACAAUCAGAUGUUGGCUGAAAAUCAUACAUCUGAUUUAUGCUACCCAAUACAUCAACAGACAUUAAAGGAACACAUAAAUCUCCAAAGAAAGUAUGCAGGUAAUUUGUUUUAUAUAUUUUCUUUGGAGGUAUAUGACAUUGUGGCUUGCAGUAGCUGUAGAUCUUGUAUCUGCAGAUAAUACAAGCCCACCCUAUCAUCCCCAGCACAGAUUGUGGCUGUCAGAUCACAGAUAUCUCAUUGAGCUGUAUUAAAGCUCAUUAUGAAACAGGCCUCCCAAUCAGUCCCAAUUUUAGGGUCCUGUCCUGCAGUCCCAGCUCCCUGGUGUACGACUUUUGCAGACACCAGAGAACUGUCCUAAAAAGUGUAGAGCAAGUGCAUCACUAAACAUGUCUGCUCUACCCUCAGGUCACCUGGACCAUGCAUUGAAACCGUACUCCCUGCACAUUCGCCCUCAUUUGGCCAUAUGGGACACCAAAGUUGGGACCUAUGGACAAGUCUUUGCAAAGUGCUGUGAGCAAUUGCUGCCUCUUGAGUUUAGCUCAACUGAGCUAACCAAACCAGGAAGUAAUAGAACUUGCUGCCUGAUUGACAGCCAGGGGGUGUAACAAGACUCAUUUAUAAAAGUGCCGAUUUCUAUUGAAGCAAGCUGACGUGCUUUAUGAUAUUGAAGUGUUCCUUUAGUAAUUUGCCUUACUGUCUCUACCAGUUCUAUUGAAUGCAGGUUAGGUGACUGACUCGGCUAGCCAAGAACAUUGCUUUGUGUGGCCUUGAAAUCUCCAUUGUUAAUAUAGCAUUAUGUUUAUAUUGCUAUGGUUGGAUCUGAGCUGGUAAAAUAUUUCAGUACACUUCAAAAUAUAUCCUGCUGUCAGCAGUCAUAUAAUAAAUACAUUUAAGUGAAUGAAUUACCUUGGCAGCUGUGCAUACUCAAGUGAUUGCACUCUAUCAUGUUUGCUUUUAGUUAGUCCCUUUCUUUCCCACACUUUCCUCUUUGCACCACUCUGGUACAAGUUAAUCUCCAUCACAUUUGUCCAUAAAGCAGCACUCUUUUUUGACAAACUGUAAUCUGUCAGUUUUAUUCUAGAGGCUUACAAUGUUUUCCCCUUCUUACUGGAGGGUAUUCUAGAUCUAUUCAACAGGUGAAAAUUGUAUUUUCUCUAAAAUUGCAGACAAUUAUCAUUCAUUCAGUACAUUGUCCUUUAACAGUCUACCAAGUAGUUUGCUGAGUUCAAUAGUGUGCUUUUACACUAUGCUACAAUUUUGAUAAUUCUGCUAUUUAAAAUCAUAUAAUUUUAACAAGCAUAACAUAUUGAUUAUAAUCAAAUUGAAAAAGAUUUUUUUAUAGCAUUAUGCAUUCUACUUUAGAAUCAGUUAGAUACCCUUGUAUUUUUUGCUCAGAACCAACAGGACUUUUGGGCUUUUUUAUUAGUUCUCUUGAACACAAACUAAUACUGCAUUGACAUGCACCUCUUCCAGAGACAGAUGUGCUGUGAACUGUUCACUUAAUUUUGGUCCCCAUAAAUGGAUAUACUUUAUAUAAGAGGUGUUCCUACAGUUACUCUUUCAUAUACAAAUAAUAACAUAAUAAUAAUAAUAUUAAUAUAUGUAAAUACCUGAGGAUAUGUCAUCUGGGCGCAUUUUUACCUUCCAUAAUGCUUGCCAAUUAGUGAUGUCCCGAACGGUUCGCCGAACGGUUCGCCACCGACGGCGAACAUAUGCGCUGUUUGGUCCGCCCCCUAUGUCAUCAUUGAGUAAACUUUGACCCUGUACCUCACAGUCAGCAGACACAUUCCAGCCAAUCAGCAGCAGACCCUCCCUCCCAGACUCUCCCACCUCCUGGACAGCAUCCAUUUUACAUUCAUUGUGAAGCUGCAUUCUUAGUGAGAUGUCCAGGAGGUGGGAGGGUCUGCUGCUGAUUGGCUGGAAUGUGUCUGCUGACUGUGAGGUACAGGGUCAAAGUUUCCUCAUUGAUGACGAAUAGGGGGCAGACCGAACAGCGCAUAUGUUCGCCGUCCGCGGCGAACCGUUCGGGACAUCACUAUUGCCAAUAUAAUCAAACUCAUUUUAUAGCCUAGGACAUUUAAAUUAGUUAUUACAUGCAAUACAAAGCCAACAGAUGUCCCUUCCUCCUCACUAAAAUCAUCUCCCCACAACUCGUAGCAGUCCUGUCUGCACAUUGUUAACAUCACUGCUGAAAGCUUGUGUGUGAGUGUGAGAAUUCACCUUAGCACAGAGAUGACUGAGGUCAUUGAAAUAGUUCAUGUAUAUUUUACACUGACAUAACUCCAGAAGAUGUGGAUGAUGUCACUUGAUUACAUUAGAGUUGAAGACCUGAAAUAGUGGAAGACUUGCAAGCAGGAAAAAAAACUAUAUUCUGGUUGGGCCUAUUUUAGGUGUUCUCUCAGUGAUUCUCAAUUUAAAAUAUUUUCUAGUUUGCCUUAAAUUGACAUUCCGAGUGAUUAUAAUUAUUAUGGAGAAGACACUGUAUUAACAAAAAUAAAUAAAUAAAGUUAACUGUAAAGUUAACUUGAUGCAAAUUAAUCUCUCAGUCCAUCAUGAGCCUCUUGCUAUCUUCAUAAUCAACCUGAGUGAAUUAGUAACAAUGGGCAGCGUAAAUGGUCAAUUAUUUGAGGUGUGCUGUAAAUGUGCUUUAUCAAUAAGUGGAUCCAUGGAUUUUGAUGUGACGAAUAUAAGGCAUUAAAAAAUGUAAAUAUAUGGAACUAUGUAUUGUUUAGCUGUUUGUUGUAUCUUGGUAUGGAACUAAUAAGUAAGUUUUUUUUUGCCCAGGGAGGCAGGUUCUGAUCUGGGGGCCCGAUCCAGCAGAGGACCUGUAUCUUAUCAGCGAGCAAGGCAGGGGUCUUGUUCACAAAGCCACUGUCAAGACUCACAUGAGCUGGAGACACUUAUGCCAGCUCGUCAGGAAGACCCCCCAUCUCUACCUGUGCCAGAAGUAACUGACUUAAUAGGGGGGCAUGGAAUAGUCACAAACCCUCCACCGGAUGACAAGAAUCAGUUAAAGAUAAAGGUAUAUUGUGUUCCAAAAAAAAAUGUAGAACCAUAUUAUUCAACAUAUCCACUUCAUUUACAAAACGUGAACUGUGUCUUUUACCCAUAGCCAUCAUGGAAUGGAUCUGUUACUCAGAACUGGGCCAAUCACAUCACCAGUUAUUCAGAAACCAUUACAGGAGAAGCAGGGUCUGCAGUUAAUGGCUCAGCCAAUUCCAUACCAUUAGGAGGCCUAAGAAUGACCUUGCAUGACCUUCCAUACGAACCAAUAAAGGUAAGAGGAUAUUUAACUUGAUAACCAAUGGAUAAAUUUGAUAAGUAGUUAUCAACCAACAUAUAUCACACAGAACAUGGACACUAAUCACUUCUUCUCGUGUUCUUCUCAGCAGCUGGAUAUUGCCAGAAAUCACAGGAACCCAAAUCAGAACCAAGUGGAGGCGGACGUCAUUGUACAUUCUGACUUUUCAGCCUCAGAGAGAAGUGGGCGCUGCAUCGGACUGGAGUCUGAAGAGGAGGAAGAAGAUUUAAGUAUGGACCAGGACAAGGGUCCUACUGGGGAUCUAACCCUAGUAUCAAGCCCAGUCACACAAACAUUGGUAGUGGACAGUGACUGUGAUGGCUUGAGUGAACAGCCUUUAAUAUCUAUCAGCCCAGAAAGAGAUUUGGACUCCAAAACUCCCCUAAAGCAGCCUCUUGUUAAUGGCUUCCACAGGGGUGUAGACACUCAGGAGCUUCAAACACCUAAGAACAUUGAUUUCAAUGUAGAAGAAGGAGAUACACCACCAGAAAAUAUAUCAAUCACAUCCAAACCCCAGCAAGAACUUACACUGAACAGCCCUGCAAAACUGUGCUCUAAAUCGUAAACCAAGGGAUUAUCGCUCUAGCUUUGAGUUGGCAGAAACAAGUGUGCAUGUGCUGACUACAAUUCAAAGAUGAUCCCUUCUGGGGGAGGGGUAAUGAGAACCAAAUGCAUCUUUCUGCAAAACUGGAACAAAGACAAGCCUCCGAGGAGUGUGUGCAGCCAUGUUUUGUAGUCAAAAGGUGCUCUGACCUGUGUAAUCUUUCUAAUGUCCUUUUAUAAAGCAAUGAGUAUCGAAACGCACACUCACUUCAUAACAAUGAAACAAGAUGCGAGCAGCAAUGAAAGAUAGACCCUGGCGGAACAUUUAGAGGGUCCAAACAGCUUUUGUAUUGUGAAAUCAAGAAUCUUACACCUGUACUCUUCAGCUGCUGUUGAUCCCCGGUUACUCUACGGAUCAUGGAAGCUGCACUUCCACAAACGGAGACCAGCAGGUUGGCUGGUAUUAGGAUGUAGCGGUUCCAGUUCUGAUUCAAGAUUGAUGGUUGAAUGACAAAAAAUAUUUGCUUUCAUGCUGAAGAAAUGUUGUACACAACAUACUCGAAUGCUCAAGGUGCCACUGUGUGCUUUAGCCUCAUUGAUGCAUUUUGUGUCACAGCUGAAAUCGCAAAACAAGUUGCCUUCUUAUGUUUCAAGUGCGGAAGCUCUUGAGAAAAAUUGUAAUGAAUCACAUGUCCUCUAUCAGGACUCUACAGCUCUCCGAAAAAUGUAUAAUAUAAAAUUUGAUUCAAGCUGCACAAGGAGCUUUUAGUAUUUUCCUUCACCACUGAGAACAGUACCUGCCUGAUCUUAACUGUUCAAUAUAUGAUAGAGAAUCUCUGUUUUUGAAACCUUUGAUUACAUUCCAAAUCCAUUACAUAAUUGUCUCCAUCAGCUUAAUGCCAAUUAACUGCUCACUCUCAUUAUUUUAAUUCUAUACAGCCUAAUGCAUACUGGGCCAAUGCAGCGUCAUAGGAGCCGCACAACUCUUACUAUUAUAUUUGAAUAAUCAGAAAUCCAAGGGCUGAACAAAUCCUCUUCCUGUCAUCACCCACAGAAGAAGUAUGCAGCCAUUUUAUUUGGUAGGAGGGUCCCUGCUUUCCCAUAAUGCUUUGCCACGCCAGGCAUGACAUUCCACCUAUAAAACUUACGGUCGGUGCUACACCAUCCCAUCUGUGAUUAUGUCCACAUCAUACGCACUCUGUGAGUGCCUCCUCACCAUCCACUCCAACGAUUUUCUACCCUCCCUUUUGGUUAUUGCACUCACUUUUUUUCUUUUUUUUUUUAAAUGGGGUGUGAAUGUACUUCAUGAUAUUUCUGUAUUUGACUACGUUCCCUAGAAGUGGGAAUUCCCGUUAUUUUCGAGAUAGAACUUUGUGUGGCUGUGGUGUAAAGAACACAAAGCAAUUCUCUCACCUCUGGUACCCACGAGUUAUAUCUUCUGAACUGCCACAGUAUUUUCGUUAGUAUUAAUUUGAUGAGAAAGUCACAGCAGUACAGUGAGCUCCGGGCUAGUAAUUCCAGAGGAAGUGCAUUGCUCGAACCUGGAGUAAUUAUAGGAUUAACAAAUGAGCUAAUGAGUCUAUAUAGCUAACCCUAGAUAGCCGAAAUCCAUCAAAGGUUAAGUUAUGGGGGGUGGGGGGAAACAUUAAAGAGGCUUGCAGGAAUGUCCUCAUUCAUUGUGAAUAUGAUUUAUGAACUUUAAUACCUGAUGCAGGGAACAAAAUAUGUCAGUGAGAUCACUGCAUUGCUGUCUGAAAACACAUUUUUUACUCACUAAAAGUAUGUUACAAAUGAU